AUGACAACUGACCAGACUGAGACAGGUUCGACAAGACCACCGGUGAGAUUUGGACAGGUCACUGAACAUAAGUAUCAUGUUGUUUGCAUGUUUGCAAACAACGUAGUCUUUAUUGUCAAUGUCAAUGCCCGAGAUAUCUGUGUGAUGUCUGAGUGACUGUGCUAUUGGUUCAUAUGACAGUAUGAAAAGGAGAGGGGAUAAAGGGCAGCCUUGAUGGGUACUAUUUGAUAUGUUUAAUGAGACUGAUAAAAAAAAGCAUUGAGGACAUUGGCAGUUGGAUAUUUAUAUCAAGCCAUUACCCUGACAUUAGCUAUUGUGGGAAGCCAAAUUUGUCCAAAGCAUGGGUCAUAUAUGUCCAGGCUCCUAAAACCUUCACUGUUAGCUCUCUUUAGGUGAGACAGAAUGAUAAGCAGUUUCCACUGAGUUUUCCGAGCAUUGGUGCGAAUGAACCCUGAUUGGUCGUUGUUUAUUAUAGAAUUCAGAAUUCAGAUAGUCUGUUGGCAAACAACUUAACAUACAAUUUAGUGUUGCUAUUUACCAGAGAGAUGGGUCUGAAAUUGGAAGACUGGGUGGGUGUCUUUCCAGGUUUAGGUAGGGUUGUAAUAUGGGAUCCAAGCAACUCCGGCAGAGAAGCUCCUGUUAAACAGUGCAGUCCAGACUUUUUGUUGCGGUCUAAUCACAAACUUUCCAAUGCAGAUCAUUGAGAAGUCUUUGCAAGGCAGAUGCUUCAGGAAGGUGCUUUGAGCUGCCUCUUGAGUUUCCCCUCCACUGAGCCAAACAAUCAGGAAGUAACAGGAUUGGCUGUCUAAAUGACAGCCAGGAGGUGUAACAAGGUCUAUAAGAAUGCCAGUUUCUAUUGAAAUCUGCAAUUGUUGUAACAACCCGAAGUGCGUUAGUGUCCCUUUAACUGAUUGAAGAUGCAGAAACAUCGAACUUGUACUGUGACUUAGAUUGAACACUGGUCCCAACUAUGAUUCUACAUUUUAUUAUAAUUGUUGUAAUGUGUGAACCUCAGGCCAGUGUUUCAUUCAGUGGUGACAGGAACUAAUUUGUACAUUUCAGGCUUAUAUCACAAAUUAAUUGUACAGGUUUAAAUCAAUGUUGUGACAAUUUCACAAAAAAUAAAUAUAUCAGGUAUUACUCUAAUCAGUGGCUGUCACUGAACAUAAAAAUAAUUUUAAGUCAGGUGCUGGGGCUGUAAGGGUUAAAUAACUUAGUGCGUUAUAGGUGUAGGCUACUGGAUGCGAACAUUUUAACUGAGGAAACAUUUUGGAAAAAAGUGAGUUGUCAUUUUGUGGGAUUAACACUUUCACACUCAGUGACUGUUCACUAGCUGGUUGAAAAAUGCAUUACAAAGCCAAAGAGGCAAUCUCUAGGUAACGAGUGUGAGAUCCUUGAGUAGCGUACAGAGUAAUUGUGAGAAAUGUGGGUAAUAAUUUAUCUCCAGCAAUGAAAAUGAUCCAUUAUGCGUCCUCUCUACUUUCAUCAUCUCUGCUCACUUCCCACACCUUCACUUCGUUCCUGCUUUCUAAUUCAUCAUAUUCCCUCCAUGGCCCCAAAAUGUGAUAAUCAUAUGAAAAUUUCAACUUUUAAGGGAAGACUAAAGCAUUAUUGGAAUUUUAAAUAUCUCACAACAUUGCUAGUUAACAGUGAGCCAGCAGAAAUAUAUUGUUAAAGGGGCACUCUAAGCAACAAAAUUGCAACAGCCUAUUGUACUUGAUAUUGUGCAAUGAGUUUGUGGGUGCUGUCUCCGCAAUCUUAAAGCAAUUUGACAAAAACAAGGAAUCUUUGCUGAUGCUUAACAUCUAAUUCUUUUUCUGCAGCUCAGGUAACGUUGAAGCGAUUAUGAGAAUUAUGCAUAUACGCUAAAGUGCUCUCUACAAUCUGCAUCUUAAAAUGCCAUACCAGUCACACAGGCUGCAACUCUUACACAAACAUCGCAACACGACUUACAAACAAGGCUUACAACCAGUUACAACAAAUGCUAAUUCUGUUGUUUGAGCAAGAACAUACUGUUUUUAAAAGUGGGCCUUCCCGGGCACUUAUAGUCCAGCCCAGCCUUUUUUUUGUGGAAUGCUGAGGAAAUGCAGAAGUGGACUUUCACAUUAGCUUGUUCAACUUUGGGUGGCAAUAAUAGUUUUGGAACGCGAGACGAUCCCACUACAUUGGUCUCAGCCUAUCAGUGCAGUUCAAAGUUUGAUGGACUAAUGUAGGAGUCCACUUCCAAUUAGGGAAGCAACAACAGAUGCCUCCUCCUUCAUUUAUUUAUUUAUUUUUAAUUACACCCUAAUCUAUUCAUAGAUGCUGGCAGAGCCUCAGUUUGUGUUAAACUGCUUGCAAAUGGUUCAACACAAGCUGCAUGGAUGGAGGUACAGGGGGCAUAAGUAAAUGUGAGCAGAUAAGAACAAGAUAAAUAAUAUCAUACAUGCUGUCAUAUGAAUUAUCAAAAAACAAACAAACUACACUCCUGAUAAUUAAAGUUCAGUUAGCGAACACUGUCCACAAACUGGAAUUAUUUGCUGUAGAAUGACCUUUAACUUUAAGAACAUAUGGGUAUAAAGAUGGCUUAUUCGGCAAAGGCUAACAUUCUGGCCUGGAACAAAUGAUAUAAUAUCAGAGUAUUUCUGGCAACUUGUUAUCUGGGGGACAAGUACUAAUGAAUGACCCUUAUUUUGCACAGUGAGAACAUUCUGUGUAAAUGGUCCUACUCACACAAUGCAUUCAAUAUAUAGAUUUGACAAAUGGAGGAUGCUGGAGUUGUGAUAAAAUUCCCUGCAACCUACCUCGGUAUGAUCAACGCAACAUGACAGAACAUUCUCAGAGAUCUGCUUCAUCAUCAUGCCUAAACAUGGAAUUCACGGCACAAGAGUCCCUUAGCUUGAUUGUGAGGGAGCAAGGAUGCAAAAUGAGUCUAAUAUUACUCUUCACCUUCUUUAUUUCUCCACUUUCAUGGCCAUUUCAGCACACAUUAUUUGUAUGUCUUUUUGUGCAUCAUUUUCCCAGGAGUAACUGUGCUGACUUUGCUCGAGAGUGAUACAUUGGAGGUGAUUUUUUGCUCAGUUCCAUUUAGAAGCAUUAUAUUGAACAAUAGCAUCUGUUUGACAAAGAACAGCAUGUUUAUUUAUAUUUAUUUACACAUCCAAUUAAAUAUAAGCAAUUUCAUUGAAUUUCUUUAAAGAAGUAUAGUUAGCAUAUGGAACCCCAUACGUUUGAAAAGCCAACUGUCUUUAUGGGAGCUACAAAUUAGGAAAUUAAUGAUUUGAUAUCAUCCUAGCUAUAGACAGAAAAAGUAAACAGUCAAUGACCAUAGAAAAACAACCUCAGAAGAAUUUCAGUCUAUUAGUUUCAAACUAAAUAUAGAUUAAAAAGUUCUAUGUUGAAAUAAAAUAUACAUCUUCCUUGGAAGAAGACACCAAAAAAAUAAAAUUAUAAUUAAGUGUUCUUUCAUAGCAAGACCACUUAAUGUUAUCUCACAUAUAUAUUAUUAUUAUUCUUAUUAUAGCCAAAUUUACCACCCUAACUCCUCCCACAGUUUUUACACUACAUAGACAGUAAUAUACCGAAACGUCCGGAUUGUUCCCGAUUGGUGUGCUAUUACUUUGUGGAACGUUUCGCCAAAUGGUUCACGGAAUAUUGUCGUACUUGUGGCGAAAUUGGUCCCAUAGGAAUGAAUGGCAAAAUGUUCAAAACUAGUGUGGGAGCUGGCAAAAGCUGAAAAAUCAGGACAUGAUUUCUAAACUGCCACCACUCCCUUAUUUUCAGGCCCACCUACACAAAUCUUAUAUCAAAAUGUUCGGCUAUCCCUGCUGCCACUAAAGCCAUAGUCCUGAUAGUUUUCACAAUAUGACCAUUUGUUUGCAACUCACACCGUCCAUUGACAUUCAUUGAAACUCCACACUAGCCAGCUCAAAUUUGAAGGGCAAUUUCUAAACUGCGACUGUGCCUUCAUUUUUAAUAUUUCAGAGACAUACUAUGCAUCAAAAUGUAGGUCUGGGUCUUGUGAUUCUCACAAUAUAAAGCUCUUCACUGUAGCAUUUAUAGUUUUUAAAAUACGACCGUUUGAAGAUGGCACCCACCAAAAUACUCUGACCUAUGCCAGGCUGGAGCAGCAAGUUAUGUCAUAGACAGGGCCUUUUGUACACCUGCUAAUGUUUUUAUAAAUGUAUGGUUUAAUGUAACUGUGCAACAACGUUGCAAUUAAAUGUGCUAUAUAAAUAAAUAAUAACAGUUACUCCAACCACUCCAGUUGUAGACUACUGGUGGAGGCAAGAACACUUCACACAAUUUCACCAGAAAUUGUAGCUUUUCUAGUUUAUAUAUAUUGUUGUCAAUGUCACUAGCUUCUAGCUUUCAAUCUAGAGAAUGAACAUUGAUGACUUACUCCUUAGCAUCAAUGCAUAUUUAGUUAUGAUUACCCUUGAAAGGGUUAAUGUUGUAAUGGACUCUAAUCCCCUCGGUUCUCGAUCCCUCGGUCACCAUAAUCAACGUUGAUGGAGGAUCAUUUGUAAGCAAUAACACACGGACAACAGCUUUACAAGACUCUCAAAUGAGUGUAUUCCAGAGCUGGCUUUUAUACAUAGUUUGCUUACAUUAGCCAUGGUAUAUGCAAAUACAGUACAGACUAUAAGAUUUAUUACUUCCUUGUAUUACGUUAUUCUGACAAUGGAAAGAUAAGCUUUUGCAUACGUCUGGAAAAGAAUAUCCUUAAAAUCGGAAUGGGCAAGACAUCCUGAAAUUUAGCAUUGUCUUACAUCCUAUAGAAGAAAUACCUUAGUCUGUCACAGUCAGCAUAUUAUGUACAAUAUCCCUUCAGUCAGCAAUAAUCAUGUUAUAAACCUUAUAAAAGCAUAAAAUACAUAUAAACAAGUUAACUAUUUAAUAUUCUUACAUUCCCCUCUUUGAGCAAUAAAACAAUUGCUCAUCUUAUCGAUAAAAUCUUACCAGGACAGAGAAACUUCCACAUGGUAUUUUCAGGGGUGCUAGUCACUCCCUGCGGGACUUUCAUUAAUUUCUUCACCUCGAUUCCCAUGUGGUAAUUCCUAAGGCCCAGUUUAAAGAUGGGUUGAUACCCUCCAGUGGCAGAGAGGAGAAUUUCUAAUUGUUUCUGUUCUGCAAAAUGGAUUCAUUUCUGUACUCUCUUCCUCAAUGUACAAGUAAGGUGACAGUUAUAUAAAAUCAUACACAAUAAAAUCAGGACUAUAAUAACAAAAUGAUAGAAGAAUGAUUUCAUUAUCUGAGAUCCAGUAGGGGACCAACCAGUGAAGCAUCGUACCAAUGAUGGGCUAAAUCAUUCUGAAUUUGUGAACUCACCUUAAGGAGUUCUCCUUUUAGGAUAUGUGUGGCUACCUGUGUGUGUUAUCUUUGGGAAAAAUAUAGUCCCCUGUGUAUGUGGGUGCCCACCAGGUUAAAUUCUUGGCAAAAAGAUCAUAAACUGGUACUGGUAAUGUGUUAAAUUGACAAGCUAAUUUAACAUCCUUUGAUAAUGUAUGAUAUAAUGUUAAAUAGCAUGAGCAUGAAAAAUGUGAAACAUUACCAGUUAACCAUCCAUUGCAUUUACUGGAUUGGGGUUUUAGAAGUAACCAAUCAUUAUCUGUGAGGUUACACAUUCCUCUAAUCUUCUCUAGUUUAGGAAUCAUUAGUGUGUUUUCUAAUGCCAAUCCUUGUUGUUGUAUCCAUAAAUACCUGAUGGCACAAGUACUCCAGUUACUUAGACCUGUAGUGAAUUUCAUAGUUGCAACAGUUAAAUUAUCUAAAUAAUUAUACAUUGAUUUAUCUAAAUCCAAUCCUAUAACCUGUGAUUUAACAACAAUUGGAGCCCAAUUUGCACUAGCAUGAAAACCAGUCCCUAUAUACAUGCUGGCUGUGUUUAACUUAUUCUUGAGGGUCUCCAUAUCUAUAACUAUUUAGUAUACCCAUAGUGGUUCCAGCACCUCCUAACAGUGUGUCAUACCAUUCCCUUUUCUGCCUUUUGUUUGUUGUGUUACAUAAUGUUACAACAGGAGUAGUGAUUUUUAAUGACACAUGUACAGCUUGUAAGAAGGCAGUUGUAUUAAUACAUGUGGACGGAAUAGGUGUGUGUGUGUCGUUGUUGACUUUUGGUUAUAUGGUAGAGGAUAAAGGACAGUAAUAAGGUGUAAAAAUAUAAGGUAGUGUAUAGUUCUCAAUUGUAGUGUUGUUCAUAAUGACUAACAUUUGUCCCCUUCUCCAAUUAAUGAUACCAGUUAUAUAAUCAUUAUUAAAAGUAAUAAGGCCUAUCUGUUUACAUUGAUAUGCAACCUUAACUGUGCACAUUUCUGCGUUAUAAGAUCUAACAAUUUUCUGUGAACCUUCAAACAAACAUAAUGCAUCGGUUUCAUUAGCUGUAGACACAUUUCAUAUGGGUAACUGGUACUUAUAAGGGUUACUAUUUGUCCAAUUCAUCCAAAUGCGUUCAGUGAAUGAAUGAUUGCAUAUUGCAUGCUGAUAGAAAGGUGGUGGAGAAAGGUUCUUGAGGGGGCGUGUGUGACGAAUGCUAGAUGAGGGGCUAAGGCCUAAUUGGGCUGGGGGUAUUGAAGAAUUGUUCAUCAUGUCAGAGUCUUUUUCCAGAACUUGCCAUUGACUUGUACUCAUAAUGGCAUUCAAGGAACAAUAUCAGAGGGAGUAUAACAACUCCAGAAAGCAUAGCGCACAACAUAAUCUUGGUCUCAGGUACGUAUGAUCCUCUCAAUCUACGAUAUGGUGUAAAAGCCAUGAUGCUUCGCUGAGGAGAAAUUCUUCUGUUUCCGAGCGAGGAGUGGUGUUGUCUUCCUUGGUUCCCCUCUUUGGACACAGCUUCACUCGGGAUGCGUGAAUCCAGAUGUCGUGGGAAUCUGUGAGGACAGCGGUUCUGGGUACAGCAAUCACAGUAGCAGGUGGUCCAAAAGGGUAUCCUCCUUUCUUGGUCCUGUUCAACUGACGGAUAUACACCUUGUCACCGGGCUGGUAUGAAUGAGUAGGUUCCUGUGAAGGUAAGGGAAAACUGCGAAGAAACAUUGUCAUACAUACCAUUCGGUUUUAUCAACAAUUCCUGUACAUAUUGUUCUUGUAUUAGCUGUAAAUCCCCAGACAUUAUAACAAGCAGUUCCCUGGCCCAGGGUGUGGGAAAAGGUCAUCCCAUCAAAAUCUCAAAUGGAGAUAAUUUAGUCACCUUGUGAGGAAUCACUCUUAUCUCAGCUAAAAUAGCUGGUAGAUAUCUAGUCCAAUUUACCCAUGUUCCUGGGUAAAUUCUGGGCUUUUCCUUAAUAGUCCUAUUCAUCCUUUCAACUACCCCUGUAUUCUGUGGAUGAUAGGGUAUAUGAAACUGCCAGGUAACUUGCAAGAAUUUAGCAAGUUCCUGGGCAACCCUACUUGCAAAAACCGGGCCAUUAUCAGAGCCAAUCUGCAGAGGGCAGCCAUACCUGGGAAUAAUUUCAGUAACAAUAAUCUUCACUAGCAUCCUCCCUAGAUGUCACAAAGGCCUCAUGCCAUCUACUAAACUGAUCAACUAUGACCAGUAAGUAUUGCUGUUUCUUACCAAUUUUGGAUACAUGAAUAAAAUCAAUCUGUAAGUGUGUAAAAAGAGCAGCGUUCACACGAUCUUACAAAAGACUGUACAUGCUGCCUGAGAUUCCUAAUAUAAAAUGAAUUCAUGAAGAAUUGAAUGGUGCUUGCUAUGUGCCUGACUGAUGAAAAUAAAUCAGCUUGCUUCAAGUAUGCCUAUUCUUCAAGUAUGCCUAUUCUCCCCUCUUUAGAGAACAGAUCAUUUUGAUCUUUCUCUAAACCUUGUUUAAUCCAAAAGACAGAUUCUGGGUAUUAAAAAAAAGAAUCUCAUAACCACUUAAGUGCUGGGCUGUCAUGUGUUGUGUGGUGAGAUUUGUUAUCAGCUGAGUGACCUGGUGACUGGCAUGAAGUAUUGUAGGAUGCCCUAGUGUGAUAGUAGUAGCAGUUUCAACAGCCAUUGCACAUGCUAUCAAUGCUCUGAGACACGCCGGCAUACCCUGUACCGGAGCUCGAACUACUUUGGAAAAGAAUGCUAUGGGACGCAUACCGCCUCCUUGCUCUUGUGCACAGACCGCGGCCAUGGUUUUACAAUUGUCCCAAGCAUACAAAUGAAAUGGUUUACAAUACACAGGUAGUCCUAAAGCCUGGGCUUGCACAAUAACAACUGUAAGGGCAAUAUAUGCAGCUAGCAUGUCUGGUGACCAGCAGACAUUUUCAGGGCUGUCAGAACGUACAGCCUCCCUUAGGAUUGAGUCAUAAUGGGAGCAUUCAGGGAUCCAUUGGUGGCAGUAAUUAAUCAUGCCGAGGAAGGUGAGCAACUCCUUCCGAGUAGUGGGUGUAGGAAUCCUCUGAAUGACCUCAAUACGUUUUGGACUCAAUUGUCUGGUGCCUAAAGCCAGAAAAAAACCUAAGUAUUCAACCUUUGAUUUACACAAUUGCAUUUUGUGUUUAACAACCUUGUGACCUACAGUUGCUGACAGUAUCCACAGUGCUUGCCUCAUAGCUAGGGCUACAUAACAACAAAUCAUCAACAUUUUGCAAAAAGGACGGAACCAUGACCGGUGGUCCAUGUUUUUUAGAGUAUGUUGGAGUACCAGCGAAUAAACAGCUGGGGAAUCCACAUAGCCUUGGGUAAGCGUGUCCAGGUAAACUGACAGCCUUCAAAAAGUAAAAACCAUAAGUAGCUGUGUCUCUUGAUCAAUAGGUAUAGAAAAAAUGCAUUACUUAAAUCAAUGACAGUGAAGCAAGUGGCAUCAUGUGGAAUGGCUGUAAUGAGGGAUGUCACAUCAGGGACAAUGGGUGAAAUGGGCACAAUUAAACUAUUCAGGGCUCUAAAGUCCUGAACUAAGCGAUAUGCUGGCCAGUGGUGUUGGGAGUGGGUCUGGUGUUGUUCUUGCCUACCGGGCAUAUUUUGAGAAUUGUGGGGUUGUUGGGGUGUGUGGGGUUUCCUGGGGUGUGGACACUCAUUCCUCCAGUGGCCAUAUUGGCCACAGUUGAAACAAGUGUUCCUGUCUAUUCCUCCUUGGUUACCCCUGCCCCUAUAACCCUGAUUUCCCUGUCUCCAUCCCCUUGCCCCUCUUUGACCACCCCUUCCACGGGCUUUAUGUGCUCCAUCCCAUCCUUGCUCUCAUCCUGUGUAGCUGGACAUAAUAUGUUGCAAUCCCUGAGCAUAAUAAGCAACCUUACUUUCCUAAAUCUUUUCUUAAUUCAAAACAACCUGCAUUUUCCUUUUCUAUAACCUUGGUAAGAAACUCUGAGCUAUCCAAAUUGGCCCAGUCUGAAAUCAAUUGUUUCACAAGCAAAGAAUACUGUGGCAACAUAUUACCAAGGCAUAACUGUAUUUUAAAGAGAUCUAUAUCAUCUCCAGACAUCAAACCUGCCUCAUCCUUCCAACACUUGUAAAAUUUCUUUACAAAAAUCAUAUUACCAAUCUCUUCCUUUGCAUCCUGCUUAUAUGCCAAAGCAGUGAAUAUAGACUGCUUAUUCUUCCAUAAUCCCAACAUUUCAGCUUCCACCUUGUUCCAAAUUUUAGCACAUCUUACUGAAGUACUAAGCUCAUAAUCACCAAUUCAUUUCAAACCAUAUAACUCAUACUCAGCAUCCAAUGUAAUAUUACACGUCAUCUCACAAAACAAUAUUUUUGUAGAAACACAUAAUGGGUACCCAGCAGAUAUGCCAAUACAGAAAUCACAUUUAUGGGCACACAACUACACACUCUGUCUCCCUCCUAGGAAACACAGAUAGACACAAUAUAAAAGCAAUCUUAAACUAACACCUCCAAAUCUCCAACUAUUCUUGGCCAAAACGCUAGUAUUCAACAACUAAUAAAACAGUUAUUUGCUAGGUUAUUUGGCUGUCAUUCUUAUCAGUAUCACUAGACUGUGACAAACUGAUUCACAUAUAAUUUAAAACAAUACAGCAACAUAUAAAUUAAACCACUUUCAAGUUAAACUGCACACUUAUCACACAUUAUCACAAUCACCAUUUACACAGAAUAAACAGUUAUAUUCAGAACAUAUUAUUGGAAGGUAUACCAAUUUUAGUUUAGAUUUAUUUUAGGGAUUCUUAUGUAUACAUUUUCUUAAUUAACUUCAUUACUUUAAUCUACUAUAGUAUUGUAUUUAAAGAAAGGAUCCAUUUAUAUAGCGCGCUCAUAACUCAACUAUUUGUAUAAAACUUCCAUUAACUAAUCUGAGAUGAUGCUGCAUCAACUUAAAUCCUAUAGAAAUUGAACAAACAUCUGGACCAGAUUACACAGACAUGGUUUCACCUGAAUCUUUCAGAACUCUCAGAGACUUAAAAAAAAUUAUACUAUACCAUGUUUUAAAGGCAUGGCAAACCUUUAGACCGGUCAGUCUCCAAGAGCCCUUUGUAAUACAGGUAAAAACCUUUUGUCCAUGAUGUCUGAUUCAGGCUAUAUACCACAAUUUAAAAUAACACAUAAUGUGAGACAUAGAAGACACAAGCAGUAGUUAUUACACUGGAUCAUUUAAAAGGAACCUGUUGCAAUAAAAAGGUUAGUUUACAGUGCAAAAUAAAGCAUGUGUUGGACCGCUGAAAAUGUAAAUGUUGCUCUGUUAUUUUCAAACAAAAAUUAUAUUUACAGUAUGGAUCCUUUGCAACAAACACACAGGGCAGGGAAGAUGUGCUGAUUGGUGUUUCUAUACAAUUAAUCCCAUAUGGGGAAUUAACUUUCAAAUACUAAUGAAGUGACUUUUUGUCUCAGUUAUAAAAUAUACUGAGCUCAUCAUGCAAACAAUGCAACACAUUUACACUAUCCCACUCUCAUAAUAAGUGUAGUGGGCUUAUAGUAUUUUUAAAGCAACAAUCAUUCCAGGCACACAGUUUCCAUGUGAAAUAACUUACAAUAAAACAGAGUAAUAAACUUAUACUUCUAUGCAACAGAAAGAAUAAAGUAAAAAGAUUUAAGUAGGUCUAUCCGGUACAACCUAUGAGUCAUUUCUUUUCUAAUAUACAGUACUGCUAUCUUGCAAAAAGAUAAGUCCUGCGCUCACUCCCAUCACUACUGGACAGCAGCAAGGACUACAGUACACAUCAGCCCCAAUAUAUGGUAAAAAACCAAAGAAAAACAAGUUACCUGCAUUCUCUCCUUAAUCCCUAUGUAUUUUUUUUAAAACCUCCAUUUGUUUAAAAGUACUGCUAUCUUAUAUAUACACAUAUACAUAUACACACACAUAUAUACAUACAUAUACACAUAUAUACAUACAUACAUAUAUGGUCACUCAGGACAUGAACUCACAUUUCCCAUACUGCUGACUCAGAGUGGGGACACUACUAACUUACCAAAGUGUGUCCCCAAUAUAGACAAACAAUCACCCACAAAAAACACUUAAGACAAACAAAGGUGACCGGGAGAAAGAGAAGUUUGGGUUAUACUUAAAGAUCUACAAACCAUGCUGCUCAGAACACCUAUAGACUUAAUAAACCGGAGACCUCUUAUGGUCUCAAAAACCUGUAUCUACCUGAGAUACCCUGUAUCUAUCUUAGAUACUAACCUGGGUUACCAAAACCCUAUAAUAAACCGGAGACCUCUUAUGGUCUCAAAAACCUGUAUCUAUCUUAGAUACUAACCUGGGUUACCAAGAACCCCUAUAUAUUUAGACCAAAUGUCUAAUAAACCGGAGACCUCUUAUAGUCUCAAUAUAACUAGAGUCCUUACACCUUUCCUAUCUACUGGAUACAGUCUUACUGAACCAAAGGGGGUCAUAGACAAUCAGCGUCAAAUAAGACACAAAAAGGCUACUCACCGCAAAUGGUUUUGCUGAUCCAACUUCUAUCCCACUUCUAGACACCAAGCUGAAAGGGUUAAUGUUGUAAUGGACUCUAAUCCCCUCGGUUCUCGAUCCCUCGGUCACCAUAAUCAACGUUGAUGGAGGAUCAUUUGUAAGCAAUAACACACGGACAACAGCUUUACAAGACUCUCAAAUGAGUGUAUUCCAGAGCUGGCUUUUAUACAUAGUUUGCUUACAUUAGCCAUGGUAUAUGCAAAUACAGUACAGACUAUAAGAUUUAUUACUUCCUUGUAUUACGUUAUUCUGACAAUGGAAAGAUAAGCUUUUGCAUACGUCUGGAAAAGAAUAUCCUUAAAAUCGGAAUGGGCAAGACAUCCUGAAAUUUAGCAUUGUCUUACAUCCUAUAGAAGAAAUACCUUAGUCUGUCACAGUCAGCAUAUUAUGUACAAUAUCCCUUCAGUCAGCAAUAAUCAUGUUAUAAACCUUAUAAAAGCAUAAAAUACAUAUAAACAAGUUAACUAUUUAAUAUUCUUACAACCCUAAGUAGCUUUUAAGCCUACUCUGCAUGUCUGUUUCUCUAUAACAAAAAGAAGAAUUAAAGGGACGCUGUAGGCACCCAGAUCACUUCAUCUCAUUGACGUAGUCUAGGUGCAGUGUCCCAGUCCCACUUACUCCUGCAAUGUAAACAAUUGCAAUUUUUGAGAAACUGCAAUGACUACAUUGCAGAGCUAAGACUACCUCGAGGUCCUGUCAAUAGAGGCACUAAUUGGUGGACCACAGUGAACUAUAAUGUAAAGAAUACUGAUUUGUAUUCCUUACACUAUUGAAUCCCUUGAGUUAGGAAGCUGAAGGAUUAUUUAUUGUACCCAUGAAGAAGAAAUAUGGAGUUGCUAAUUUAAAGUGCUAUUCUACCUAAGGAGGCAGGGAACAAGGACAAAUUCAGCAUUGUGCAUUUUAACAUAAAGACUUCCCUGUGACCAGCAGAUGUGGUAUGCAUACAGUCUGUACUGAUAUAUACUGGAAUCCAAGUCAUGGAAUCUUGCAUGUGGACUAUUAGAAAAAAAGAAAGUUGUGGUUAAGAGCAUAUCAGAGUUUGUGAUCAAUAGCCAAACUAAAAAUAAAUGUAUUCCCCUAAUUUUUUAUGAGACUGUUUUCAAACAGAUUGAAAACAAUUUAAGGAUUUCCCAUCACCUUAAGUCCACCUCCUAUGCUUUGGGAUGUCAUAAUGAGGAAAUUCACUUCCUUGUUAAUCAUUGUAAAUAACUGUACUUGGGUAAGGCUAAUUUAGCUGUACUGUAUUGCUGUUAACCAACUUGGCACAGCCACAUUUAUGUUGUACUGUGCAAGUGAGCCAGUAUGAAUUAAAGGGGCACUAUAUACCAAAACAACUUUAGCGUAAUGAAGCAGUUUUUGUAUAUAGAUCAUGCCCUGCAGUUUCACUUCUCAAUUCACUGCCAUUUAGGAGUUCAAUCACUUUUGUUUCUGUUUACCUCCCCUAUCUGUGACUGACACAGCCUGCAUGAAAACAAAAAAGUAUUCUAAAUUAAACUGAAUUUGCAAUAAAGGAACUGUAAACAUUAGAUAACUCUUUACAGGAAGUGUUUAGGAAGGCUGUGUAAGUCACAUGCAAGGGGGUGUAACUAGGGCUGGAUAAACAAAGUGAUUUAACUCCUAAAUUGCACCAAAACUGCUUUAUUAGGAUAAAGUUGUUUUGGUAAUUAGCGGCAACUGAAUCUUGCUUUACCUGUACAAACAUUUGCUACAGACAAUGACAGAGCAUGUUCAAAUUCUGAUCAAGAAGAGGAGUGCCUGAUGACUCCUGACAUUGGGACUUGAUGCGUUGAUUUAUAUUAGCUUACCAAUAGCAUAUCGAUUCAGCACAUUUCAAGCGUGAUAAAACACGGACUGGUACAUUUCCCAUUUCAUGCUUAACACGGGAGUUUAGCUACUUUAAAGGGAAAAAUGCAUAAUGUGCGUCUUCAUAAUAUACACAUAGCAAUAGGUUUCUAUCUGCCAUUGUCUACAUAGUUAGGAAAUGCAGAACAUUUUAUAAAAGGGAAGCACACAUCACUACCUGCCGCUUGCUGAAUGCCAGUCUCCUGUGUAUUUCAUACUUUCAAUUUAUUUUCCCUUCUAGUUCACGGAUGUUUCGUUCCAUUUUUUUUUAAUGAGUUGGCCCCGUGCCAGAGUACCAUCAUUUUAAUGCAGUGUAAAAAUGGAAUAUACAUAAUUAUAUGCGAGCCAUAUGGGAUGGAGACAGCUCAGCUGUGAAUUUUAGGAGGCGAGGAGAAAACUAGACAGAGAGACAGAACAGUUGUAUGAGACGAGUUGAGAGCAGAGAGCAAAUGUCACCGAGAAAUGAACGUUUUAAUGAGUGUGUCACUGACACCCCUCCUCUCACUAUAUCUACUGACUCCAUCAGUGGGAGCCGCAAUGUAGUGUUUGUAGGAAAUUAAACAUUCCAUCCAGACAGCCUAAAGGGCCCACUUAAUAUUCCCAUUUAAAUUGUAGCUUUCUUAAUUAACAACGUAGAUCAAAAUAACAUGCAUUAAAGAAUGCAUCAUCCGGAAAAAAAUGUUUUACCUCUGAUUUGGUAAUGAAGCACCGUUGACAUUGAUGGUGUGCGCUUCCUGAUAAUACAGGACUUGAGUGCAUCCCAACAAAUCAUUUUGGAUUGCAGCAUCACAUUCUCCUGGCAGGGCUUUCAGAUGGUUGCUACAAACAAGGGAAAAACUGCAUUUGUUAAAUAACUUAGCAAGUAAUGGCAAAUACAUUUGAAAGCACAGGAGGACCGAGAAACAUUAGUGUGUCGUCACUGAACUGAGGAUUGUUGAGAAGUGUGAACAUAAUUUCACAAUUUAGACCAAAACUUGGGAUAUUCUCCAAACACAGCUUUUAUUAGAUCUGCAAUUUUGCCCAAAAUGUGCAAUUCUCUUAUUAGUUCUCAUCAGUUCUAGACUCUGUGAAUGAAUCCCGUUAGUGGUGGUUCUCUCUCUAAGUCAUUUAAUCCAUUGUGUACCAGAGGCGUCAGCAGUCAUUUUUUUUUUUUUAGGUAAACGAAAACAUCACUGGCAAAAAAAAAAAUUAUUAUUUUUCCUAGUCCCUCAAUAUCAUCCAUUUUAUUCAACAAGUACUCUAUUAUAAAAUGAAAGUUUAAUAUCAAAUGCAAGUAAUUUAUAAAAACUGAAGUGGUUCUAACUUACCCGUGGCACCUUAGAAAGUACUUCAAAGAACACGUGUAAUGCAACAGAAAAAAAAAGAUUUUUAUUAUUAAAUUGUGCAGCGUUUGUGCUGAUUUACCAAUUCUGAUCAAUUUAUUUAAUACCUAGAAUGCACCCCAAUAGCCACAUAUAAUUGUAUGAUAACAUAUGUUCUGCUUAUGUUUUUGUGUUAUUCUACCUGGCUUAUUCUACUCAAUAUAUAUUUUUAUAUAGAAUAAUAGUUUAUGAAUCUAUGAUAAUACAAAUAUAGUUAUGGUGUGGUUUUCUUUAAAUUAGUUAUUUAACCUAUUAUAUGUAUGACGCUAUGUUUUAUUUUAAAGUUGUUGAACGAAUGUAGCUGUUUCAUUCCUGUUUUAUUUGAAGUCCCUAAAUAGGCCAUUUUAUGUUCCUUCAGGCUAGAGAUGAAGAUGGACAUGGUGAAAAUUUCUCCCAGCAGCACUAUGCUAAGGAAACUCCGAGACUUGCCUUCAAGAAUAACUGCGAGCUACUUGUAAGAAAAAUUUCAUACUAAUUUAAACAAGUCGAGAUUGUUACUUUAGCACAGUGUAAAUGCUUGAAUUUGUUGAAACUAGUACUACAAAGACAGUUAAUUUGCAUUGUAUAUGCUGUCAAUUAUAAUGUUGAUUAAUUUCAGACUAUUCACUUGGUGAGAAAUUAUGGAGAAUUGAUAGGGGAACUCCAAAUUUUAGGUAAACAGAUUAAGUUUUAGAAAUACUACAGGCACCAUAGCCACUUAAUUUAAAUGAAGUGGUUUUGGUGCCUGUAGUAUUUCUAAAGUCCACAUCACCUUCUUGCCUCUAACCUCUUUUCUGCUGCUUGAGCAGCACUGAUUGGCUGAGAGUGUAUGUAUAUUUAUGAAGCAUUACUUGCAAAAGCUAGCCAGUGAUAGGCUGAAAGUGUCAGCUGACGAUUACAGCCUAUCAUUCCUGCUCAAGCAAAUACUUGGUUAACGCCACUUAUGAGUUGAACCAUUAAAAACCUAUGUAACACUUCAGGUAAAAAGGCGCCGGUGGUUCUAGGCACCAUGACCACUUCAGUGACAUGUUUUUGUGCCAGAGUGUUAAUUUAAGGAAUUUUGCUCUAUUUUUUUCUAAUAUUUGCAGUUCAUUUAUCGAUUCUCCACAAUUCCCAGUUUAGUGAAUGCAUAUCAUUAUUACCAUCCCAAAUAUAACCAUGUGAUUUAAAGAAGCACUAACCAUAGCAAAAGUUGUCAUAGAAUUAUUUUAGAUUAAGUAUAUCUAUAUUGUUUAGCUUUCUAAAAAUUUAUGCAUUUAAUAACUUAAUUUAUUUAAAUAAAGGAAAUCACUGUGUUUAAUAAAUUGCUUUUAUAAAUUUAAAACAUAAAACAUGUGCUAUAGGUAUUUGGUAAAGGAAACUAAACAAAUGUUUUUGAUGAUUUAUUGAAAUAGGUGAUAUCCAUUCCUGCACCAAUCAGCAUCUCUUUAUAGAAAGGCAUUGUGUCAAUAUAUCUCUAUGGGAAGCGAUUAGCACAUUCAUGCAAAGCGUGAAGAUGCUGAACAUUAGUCCUGCAAUCUUUGCAGGACCGAACCCAGGAAGCCCUUUUACUGACUGUCCUGAGUGACUAUUCUCAGAAAAGGUUAACGACUGCUGACGUACCCUGUACGUCUGUGGCAAAUAUGAGAGCUGGAAGCGGUUGUGAUCGCUUCUGCCGCUCUAAGGGUAUUGCAACGAUGCCUCGAUGUCGAGGCAUCCAGCAAUACCCACCUCACUGGUAGGUCGCCGGGUGAUCACUCCCCUGGACUCAUUUCCGGGUUGCUCCAUGUGGUACCCGGCUAUGAGGCAGAGCAUCAGUAGACAUCAGGCAGGUUUACGAUGCUCUGCCUGUGUGCUGAGUGCCUUGAGGGGUCAAAAUAUAUAUAUUUUUAAAUAAUAUAUAAAUAAACCCCCCCCCCCCAGGAACUCGGACGUACCUAGUACGUCCAAGGUAUUCCUAAUCUACUUACCUGAUUGCUGCCAUUCCUUCACCGGUGAUCAGUCUUCUUCUCCACAGCCCAAACAGUCCCCCCUCAGCUAAAUAGGACCCCAUGGGCCAUGUGAUCACUCUGAAAGAGCAAUAGGCGUCCAUAAUGUUGCCUGACAGGCAGUUCCUCUGCUGGUGAAAAGAAGUAAAAAAAAAAAAGUUUUAAAAUAAAAAAAUGAAAGUUAAUAAGAAAAAAAAUAAAAAAUAUAUAUAUAUGUAUAUAUGAGAUAUAUAUACAUAUAUUAUAUCUAAUAUGUAUAUAUAAAUCUUAUAUAUAACUUCAUCCUAAGUGUAUUUUUAUAUACAUAUACAUAUAUUAAUAUAAAAAUACACCUAUAGUAAAAUUACACAUGUAUAUAUAGAAUAUAUAUAAUAACUAUAUUUAUUGUAUAUAUAUAUUAUUAUAAAAAAUUAAUAAUUAAUUAAAAAUAAAUCAAAAAAAUAUAAAAAUAAUAAAAUUUAAAUUAAAACAUUAUAUAUAUACCUACACCUUAUAUACACAAAUCUUAUAUCAAAACGUUCAGCUAUCCCUGCUGCCACUAAACAUGUCAACGGCUAAGCCAUAGUCCUGAUAGUUUUCACAAUAUGUAAACAAACAAGAAAUAUUCCCCCAAAAGGAAAUAAAUAUAGGUGGAUUGGCGCUGUACACAGAAUAGCAACUACCCCCAGUGUCUCAAAAUCACUCAAAGACACUCCCAAAUCGUGAUAAAACAGAAUAACAAAGUGGGGGGUGCAAUAAAUAGAAUAAAUAGUACAAAAUAUAAAUACUUAUUCGUAGUAGUAGUAGGAACUUAAUCUGUAAAACACAAAAGUCUAUACAUAGUGUAAAACUGUAAAUAGUAAAAGUGAUAGAAGCAAAGGUAUUGGGUCACUCACAAUAAAUAGAGCCUAAAAUAGCAGGCUCUAGCUUGAUUGCAUGUGGAAAAUCAGCUUUUCCAGGCUAUUCAAGAUGUCCCCACAGUCUUCCUAUAGACACUGGUGCUGGAUUCCAGAUGUAGGAAAGAUGGACCAAAAGAAUUCUUCAGCUUUAAAAAGUAUUUACUUCAAUAAAAUAACCAGAUAAAUAAAAAUGUAGAAAUAACAUUAAAACACAACGCGUUUCGACAAUAAGUCUUUCUCAAGUGUACAGUCCUCUUCUUCCAGCAUCCUUUUAAAUCUGUGCUACCGGAAAUUAGAUUUCCCGCCGAGUUUCACUUCCGGUAUGACGUCAUGACGUACGUUCCGUCGCUGCGUCAUGACGUGUCGGCCGUUAUUGCGUCAUUUCGUCAUUCCUAUGCGUCCAUUCGGCAACCCGGAAGUGACUACAGGGCUCCAUUUAGAAAACGGGCAAAAGCAAUCCUAAUUAUAAAUAACAUCUUAUUGCCUCAUUUUAAAAAAAUAAUCAAACAAAAUACAAUUGAGAAAAAUUCUCACAUUAAAUAUACUGAACAUAUCAUAAAGAAAAUAUUCAGACAGAAUACAAAAUAUAAUUUUCAUAUUAAAAUGCAUAGUCAUAUAUAUAAAAUGGGAAUAAUAAUUAAUCCAUUUCAAAUCAAGUUAAAAUCUUAGCAUAAUAUGUAAACAAUAUAUAGUUGCAUAUGUAGACAAAUAUAUAAUAAAAUGAGACAAAAGGCAAAAAAUAAAAGUCAUAAAAACUUCUAAAAAUAUGGAAUAUACCCAAAAAGUCAUAUCAAAGCUGCCAUCUCAAAAUCCACAUUGAGACCGCUGGGAGACAAGGUGUCCAAAUUAAAAAUCCACCUCAUCUCACAGCGGCUCAACGUCGAUUCAACAUGACCACCUCUCCAAUGGGGUUUAAUAUGUUGGACACCAAAAAAGCUAAGCCCUGUAGGGUCUCCUCCAUGGUAUUUUAGGAAAUGUAGGGAAACAUUAUGUUUCAGAAAACCUUUUUUAAUAUUGUAAAUAUGUUCUCGUAUUCUUGUUUUCAAUGUCCUUGAUGUCCCAGCUAUGCGAAUCUGUUAAUGUCAUACUGGGAAGACAGAUAUGUAUAUUCAUCGCAUAACUGGAAUGCGAACCUGGUCCUAUACAAAAGAUAUAUCGAUAAUAUUUUUUUAAUUUGGAAAGGUGAUAGGAAUUCUGCUUUGGAUUAUAUUACAUUUUUAAAUUCCAACCAGUGGAAUAUACAUUUAACUCAGGAAAUCAAAUCAGAUUGUAUCCACUUUCUAGAUUUAGAGAUAUUUAUACAGGAUCAGAAAAUUAGUACUCGUACGUUCUUUAAACCUGUGGACGUCAAUAGUUAUAUCCACAUGGAUAGCUGCCAUUUUUUACCUUGGCUCGAUAAUGUCCCCAAGGGUCAAUUUAUCCGGAUAAGACGGAACUGUACAGACCUUAUUUCUUUUGAACAUCAGGCCAAUACUCUUAAGGAUCAGUUUAUAGAUAGGGGCUAUGAUUCUAAUAAAUUAGAAGAAGAAAUUAGGACUGUUAAAGGAAUAAAUAGAGAGUCUCUUUUAACAUAUAAAUCUAGGGAGAAUAAAAAAAGGGAUGACAAAAUUCCAAUGAUUUUUAAUUACAGUAAGGAACAUAAAACCCUCAAAAGAGUGAUCAAUAGAAAUUGGCACAUACUACAGCAGGAUACGGAUAUUCUACCCUAUAUUGAUAAUAAACCCAAAAUUGUAUUUAGGGGAGCAAAAAAUCUUAGACAAAUUCUAACUACCAGUUAUUUGGAUAAACCUAAAAAUAAUUUUUUGAGCACUUAUAAGGAUAACAAUAAAGGUUUCCACUAUUGUGGUAACUGUAUGGGAUGUAAAACUUAUAAAAAUAAAUCAAAGAAAUUAGAGAGUUUUAAAUCAAGAGUAGGAACAUACCAUUAUAAAAUCGAUUCCCUUAUUACAUGCCAUUCGAAAAAUGUAAUAUAUGUUCUCGUAUGUCCUUGUGGAUUACAGUAUGUUGGAAAGACAUCAAGGACAUUGAAAACAAGAAUACGAGAACAUAUUUACAAUAUUAAAAAAGGUUUUCUGAAACAUAAUGUUUCCCUACAUUUCCUAAAAUACCAUGGAGGAGACCCUACAGGGCUUAGCUUUUUUGGUGUCCAACAUAUUAAACCCCAUUGGAGAGGUGGUCAUGUUGAAUCGACGUUGAGCCGCUGUGAGAUGAGGUGGAUUUUUAAUUUGGACACCUUGUCUCCCAGCGGUCUCAAUGUGGAUUUUGAGAUGGCAGCUUUGAUAUGACUUUUUGGGUAUAUUCCAUAUUUUUAGAAGUUUUUAUGACUUUUAUUUUUUGCCUUUUGUCUCAUUUUAUUAUAUAUUUGUCUACAUAUGCAACUAUAUAUUGUUUACAUAUUAUGCUAAGAUUUUAACUUGAUUUGAAAUGGAUUAAUUAUUAUUCCCAUUUUAUAUAUAUGACUAUGCAUUUUAAUAUGAAAAUUAUAUUUUGUAUUCUGUCUGAAUAUUUUCUUUAUGAUAUGUUCAGUAUAUUUAAUGUGAGAAUUUUUCUCAAUUGUAUUUUGUUUGAUUAUUUUUUUAAAAUGAGGCAAUAAGAUGUUAUUUAUAAUUAGGAUUGCUUUUGCCCGUUUUCUAAAUGGAGCCCUGUAGUCACUUCCGGGUUGCCGAAUGGACGCAUAGGAAUGACGAAAUGACGCAAUAACGGCCGACACGUCAUGACGCAGCGACGGAACGUACGUCAUGACGUCAUACCGGAAGUGAAACUCGGCGGGAAAUCUAAUUUCCGGUAGCACAGAUUUAAAAGGAUGCCGGAAGAAGAGGACUGUACACUUGAGAAAGACUUAUUGUCGAAACGCGUUGUGUUUUAAAUGUUAUAUAUUUUUACAUUUUUAUUUAUCUUGUUAUUUUAUUGAAGUAAAUACUUUUUAAAGCUGAAGAAUUCUUUUGGUCCAUCUUUCCUACAUCUGGAAUCCAGCACCAGUGUCUAUAGGAAGACUGUGGGGACAUCUUGAAUAGCCUGGAAAAGCUGAUUUUCCACAUGCAAUCAAGCUAGAGCCUGCUAUUUUAGGCUCUAUUUAUUGUGAGUGACCCAAUACCUUUGCUUCUAUCACUUUUACUAUUUACAGUUUUACACUAUGUAUGGACUUUUGUGUUUUACAGAUUAAGUUCCUACUACUACUACGAAUAAGUAUUUAUAUUUUGUACUAUUUAUUCUAUUUAUUGCACCCCCCACUUUGUUAUUCAGUUUUCACAAUAUAAUCAUUUGUUUGCAACUAACGCCGUCCAUUGACAUUCAUUGAAACUUCACUCUACAAAGCUCAAAUUUGAAGUACAAUUUCUAAACUGCGACUGUGCCUUCAUUUUUAAUACUUCAGAGACAUACUCUGGGUCUUAUGAUUCUCACAAUAUAAAGCUCUUCGCUGUAGGAUUUAUAGUUUUUAAAAUACGACCGUUUGAAGAUGGCAACCGCCAAAAUACUCUGACCUGUGCCAGGCUGCAGCAGCAAGUGAUGUCAUAGACAGGGCCUUUUGAACACCUGCUAAUGUUUUUAUAAAUGUAUGGUUUAAUGUAACUGUGCAACAACGUUGCAAUUAAAUGUACUAUAUAAAUGAUAACAGUUACUCCGCCCACUCCAGUUGUAGACUACUGGUGGAGGCAAGAACACUUCACACUUCACACAAUUUCCCCAGAAACUUUUCUAGUUCUAACUGUAUUUUGAUAUUAAUAUAUAUAUAUAUUUAUAUCAAAAUACCCUUAGCAUGACAUUAUAUAUAUAUAUAUAUAUAUAUACCUAUAAAUAUAUAUAUAUAUUUAAAAAUAAAAAUAAUACCAAAUAUACAUAUGUCCAUAUACAUAUUUACAUAAAAAAUUAAUAAAUAUGUAUAUAUAUUUAAAUUCUACAUGCAUAUUUAUGUAAUAUUUUUACGUAAUUAAGUAAUUUUAUUGAUUGCAAUUUGGGGGACCUGCCUGACAACCCAGGCUGAAAGUCCAGAGAAUUUCAUUUACUAGCAUAUAUUUAGCCCUAUAACUUUCCAAGACACCCUAAAACCUGUACAUGGGGGGUAUUGUUUUACUUGGUAGACUUCACUGAACACAAAUAUUAAACAGUAAAACAUAUCACAGCGAUGAUAUUGUCAGUGAUAGUGAUGUUUUUUUGCAUUUGUCACACAUAAACAACACUUUCACUGAUGAUAUCGUUGUGAUACGUUUUACUGUUUUGAAACACUAAUAUUUGUGUUCAGCGAAGUUUCCUGAGUAUAACAGUACCCCACCAUGUACAGGUUUUAUAGUGUUUUUGAGAGUUACAGGGUCAAAUAUAAGGCUUGAUUUUUCAUUUUUUCACAUUGAAAUUUGCCAGAUUGGUUAUGUUGCCUUUGAGAGCGCAUGGUAGCCCAGCAAUGAGAAUUGCCCCCAUGACGGCAUACUAUUUGAAAAAGAAGACAACCCAAGGUAUUGCAAAUGGGAUAUGUUCAGUCUUUUUUAGUAGCCACUUAGUCACAAACACUGGCCAAAGUUAGCGUUCAUAAUUGUUUUUUGCAUUUUUAACACACAAACAAAUAUAAAUGCAAUCUUUGGCCAGUGUUUGUGACUAAGUGGCUACUAAAAAAGACCGGACAUACCCCAUACUGAAUAGCCCGGGCUGUCUACUUUAAAAAAAAUAUGUGAUUCGGAGAUUUAUGACAGAUAACAGUGUUACAAUGUCACUAUUGAUACAUUUUAAAAAUAUAUAUUUUGAAACAGCAAUGUACUACUUGUACAUAUAGCCCUAUAACUUUCCAAAAAAGCUAAGAACAUGUUAACACUGGGUAUUUCUAAACUUAAAAUUUAGAAACUAUUUAGCAUUGGUGUUUUUUGGUAGUUGUAGGUGCGUAACUGAUUUUGGGGGUCAAAGUUUGAAAAAGUGUGUUUUUUUAAAUUUUUUCAUCAUAUUUUAUAUUUUUUUUAUAGUAAAUUAUAUGAUUUGAUGAAAAUAAUGGUAUCAUUAAAAAGAGCAUUGAAUGGCGAGAAAAACGGUAUAUAAUAUGUGUGGGUACAGUAAAUGAGUAAGAGAAGAAUUACAGCUAAACACAAACACUGCAGAAAUAUAAAAACAGCCCUGGUCCAAACGGUAAGAAAAUUGAAAAGCGGUCUGGUCACUAAGGGGGUUAAACUUCUCAGCCUGCAGGGAUAGGUUAUUUGCCCCAGAACCACUACAUUAAAGGGACAAUUUAGGCACCAAAAGGCACCAUAAUCUAAGUUAAGUUGUUAUGGUGCCAGGAGGUCCCCAGGCGCUCUCUUACUUCAAGGAGUUAAUUUGUUCUCAAAUGGUUUACCUGAAAGUUGCAUCCAGCGAUGAUCUCAAUUUCCCUAGAUGGCAUCUGGCUUCUGAAAUUUCAGUUUUAGGAAGUGCGGAGUGCCGCCAGGCAGGGGUGCCGCUGGUUGGCUCAAAGCAGUCUUCAGAUGCUGUCAGCCAAUCAGUGACUCUCCAUUCACAAAACUGGCUUUAAAAAAGAAUGUUUCUUUCCAAGUCAGUUUUGUGAAUGGGGAGUCACUGACUGACUGACUGAGCUUGCUGAAACUGAAAUUUCAGAAGCCAGAUGCUGUCUAGGUGGAAAUCGAGGUCAGCUUUGCGGUUAAACCGUUCAAGGCCUAACACUUGAGGUAAGAGUGUGCCAGCGGCCUCCUGACACCAUAACAACUUGAAUUUAACUUAAUUUUAGUUUAACAACUUUUAGCUGUAGUGGUUCUGAUGCCUAGAGUUUCCCUUUUACUUUCAAACCUAUUAUUUCUGGGUUUUAACACCCAGUGACGUUGCAGCUCACAAAGUACACAUUAUUAUAUGAUAUACCUCCUGUAUGAGACAUAUAGACUUCUGUGUGUAAUUAUAAAUAUAAUGGCAACUAUGUUAGAAAGUAAAUACCAGAUAGUUCUAUCUUAAUAAAAAAAUAUAUGGGUCAAUGGUAUGUAACAUUUGUAUGUAACAAUGGUAAGCAGAACAUUUGUGGGUCAGUAACGGGGUGGAAAGAAGACAAGGCCUGGACAAAGGAUAGACAGAAAUAGACAUUUACAAGGGUUGAAUUGGCCACAAAUAGGACAGAGAAUGUGUUAUGUGAGUCUGUGUCUGACUAGAGCACUAAGCGAUCAAGCUACGCCAUGGAGGACCAAAAAUAUGCUAUCCUAAUAAGAAGUUCCCGGGGCAAGCAUGCAGUUACAUAGUAUGUCAAUUUGAGAGCUUAUUCAUUUAGAGUCCCUACAACUAAUACACAUUUUCCCUUCCUGGCUUGAGUAGCAGUGUGGUGAAACAGCAUCCUCUUGGUCGGUGUAUUCUCUGGCUGUUUUCAUUGGGGUUUUUGUCACUAAUAGGCACUGUGUGCAAACUAGAGAGAGGAGGGAAUGGCACUAUGCCAUGUUUCUCCACACACAUGGCACUUCUGCUGUACUAUUUCAUCAGAGUUGUUUCUGCGUGCAGCGACUGUGCUUGCUGUGUGUGGAGAUAGCAGCAGCAUGUCAUACAGCCAUAUUCCUCUUUUCUCUAGUUUCCAUUCAGCAUCCACAAGCCAAAACGAUAGUAAAGAUAGCAGGUAUAGGACAUGCUAGAGGGAGUCCACUAAUCUUGGGCUUUUUUUUAAACUAACUAAGAAGGGGCUAGAGGAUGAUUGGGAGGCUUGUGGGAGGUAUAGGUGAAAGCAGACAUACAAAAGUGGGGGGGCGGUUUAGAGACACAUACGUUUGGUGUUAAUGGGGAGAGAUACAGGGGAGGGCAGAUGGGGAGAGAUACAAAGGGGAUCACGGAUAAGGAGAAAUGGACAAAAAAAAAAUCAGACAUGCCACAUGUACUGUAAUUUGUCUACAUGUAUGUAGGAAUUUGUCUGUGGUCUAUUUCCAUGAGCAUGCCUGUGUGCAUCUUUGUAUUUCCAUGUUUGUAUGUGUGUCUCUGUACAUGAGUGUGUGUGUUUGUGCUUGACUGUGAAUGGUGUAUCUUUGUGUCUUUGUAUUUCCAUAAGUAUGUCUUUCUGUCAUUCAGCUGUGCAUGAGUGUGUCUGUGUGUUCGCCUGUCUGAACUUGAGAGUAUCUGUGUGUAUCUCCAGGCAUCAGUGAUUUAGUACGCAAUUGGAAUCGACUGGCUAUUGUUUCGAUUAUUAGAGCAUUUUUCUAAUAAUUGGCAUUGGUCUUCAAAGUUACCGAUAUUCCUGAUAAUAUAUGGGACCAUCACAGCACGCCAUCUUCCACGUCCAGCUGCCAGCCAAUAAUGCGCAACAUCGCACGAUAAUCAUUGCAGCUUCUCAAUAACUGCAAUAAUUACAAUUCCAAGAGAACAGGGACAGUGCACCCAGACCACUUUAAUGAGAUGAAGUGGUCUGGGUGCCUAUAGUGUCCCUUCAAUGAAAGCUCCCCCUAGAACUGGCAACAGUCAGCCUGAAAUUUUGAUCCAACCACAUUGUGGAAGUUUGCAUGACCUAAUUUGCAAGCAAACAGUUGCUAAUCCUGUAUUAGAACAUUUGGUUGCGCAUUUCUAUUAUUCAAUUCCAGAUUUUAGCUAUUCGAUUGUUUCUGGACAGGCUGAAAUGUGGUCUACAUUCUCUGGAAUUCAGAGGGUAUUUUGCAAACUCCAGACAUUGAUUAUUCUUUAAAACAGAACCUUGAAUGUAUAAAAAAAAAAAGUCUGUCAGAUUUGCAGUGAAGUAUCCUUAGUGUUGAAAUAUACAUUAGCACUCUACUAAAUAUCUUCAGAUACAAUUAGUAAUAAUACCAAGUUAUCAAUAAUGUUGUGUGAGUUUUGGUUAGGUAAAAGGGGGACGCUAACCUACUGCUUAAUGUCCCUGUGCCCCUGCUGCAGUACUUUUCCUAUCUGUUUAAACUGAAGGUUAAGGAAUUUUUUUAUGCGACCAAUUUAAUUUGGUAUGCUAGGCAACUUCAAAACAUUUUUGUAGCAUUAAAAAAUAUAUACCGUAACUAAUAUUAAUAACACACAUAUGCAUUCAGAAAAGCAUUUAGAAACUUGUCAGACAACAGGCAAAAUGUAAUAAUUGUAACAGAAAAAUUAGAAUUAAACAUAGAACUGUCUCCUCAGACCUCCUGAGGUUUUCUGUUGCUGAUUUGUAAUUACACAGAUCAAAAAAGCUCUUGGUUCUACAACUGUAAUUUUUAUUGUGUUAAUUAGUUGCAGCAACUGUAAAAAUAAGAAAAAUAAGUCUCAACCUCUGUCUUAAUCGUGCAAUAAACCUCGCACAAUAUUUUGUAUACUACAAAAGAUUUUACAAUUGAUAAAUAAAAAUGUUAACUCGUGACUCAUAAAUACUAAUUUGUAGUAUGCCAUUUUAUUGUUAUGUAUUUUAUGAAGUGAUGCCAACUAGAAUAUAACUGUUUAUGUCUCUUUGCAUUUAUGGUUAGUACAAUAAUCCUAAAGACAGCGAUAUCAUAUCUUGCAUUUGUUGAUUUUUGUGCAAACAUACUCAAAGGUGCUCCCUCUGCGCAAUCUCACCUAUUUGGGUGAGAUCAUCUAUCUUGAUAAUCUCAGCCAAUCCAAUCCUUUCCCAUUGAAUUAGGAAAGCAUUAGAAGUCUAGUGUGCAUGCACAACAAAAACCUGCACAAUGCCUCUCAGAUGGUUUCUAUUACUAUCUGAUUGAAAUAGCUGAGUUUUACUUAGGUAUUUUGUCAGAAAAGGCUCUAGUGCUCCUCAGUGUGAUAGCCACUAGAGUCAUUUUAACACCGCAAUGUAAACACUGUCAUUCCUGCAUAACAAUGUUUUAAGCUGCAGGGUUAAAAUGACAGAAACAUGGCACCCAGACCACUUCUUUGACAUAAAGUGGGUUGGGGGCCUAUAGUGUUCCUUUAAAGACUUUUUUUUAAUGCCGUAUAUAAAAAGUUAUGCAAAAACAACCAAUUUAAAAUAGCUAAAAAAUAAAUAAAUAUGUAUAUAUUCACACUUCAAAUUGCGCAGAAACGAAAAUUGAUAAAAACAAGAACACCCAACAUAAAUAACUGUAACCUAACAUUGUACUUGUUGUCCAUAGAUUGCAUCCCAUGAUCUCUCUUCAAACAGUGGGGGGAGUAUGACAGACUCUAAUGAUACAUUUUGGCUUAAUGGAACUCUAUAGGCACCAAGACCACUUCACCUCAGUUAAGUUGUCUGGGUGUCAUAUCUCUGUAGGUUUAACCCUGCAAUUGAAAACAUUUCCAUUCAGCAAUGCUUGUAGUGUCCCUUAAAAACAGAUGACACUUUGAAUGAAUGUUGGCAUUAGGAAUAAAAGGAUGCCUAAUACCGUGUUUAUCGGCUGCAUGUUUCAGCACAGUUUGUCAGACUUGAUUUACAGUAACCAUGAACAGUAAAUUAAUACGUGCUCGACUGAUUUAUGUUGGCGUAAUGUUCUUGAGACAGUGUUCACUUUGCAGUUUAUGUUAUGUAAAGAGGGAUCUUUCUCCUUCAAGAGUCAUCUCAUGCCAUUGAUUUAUGAUGUACUCCAUAUUUCACUGUAAUAUUUAUAAUUAUACAGUACAACACAAUUAUUACAUUUUAUAUCAUAUAACAGAUGUAAGCAGUUUUUCAGUCCAAAUAGCGAUUUGAUUUAGUUAUUUUAAGUCUGCCAUCCUGCUUGUUCAGAAUGUCUUUAUUUUUAUCUACAGAGAUCGCACGCUGUUCGGAGCGCUGAAAAAAAAAAAAGUCACAUAGAUGUCAAAAUUUGUAGCAGUUGUUUGAAAUUCUGCUACUGUUUCCUUAGCGUGAGCCAAUACCUGUCACAUUCUACAAUGCAUUUUGGAGAGUUACAGCUUUGUAUAAGAACAAUGGGGUUUAAAACCGAUUUGGCUAUCCUUCCCUGAUGAAUCAUAGCUGUUACAGUACAUGUUUUUAACUUGUUCAGACAGCAGUAUAAGUUUAUUGGCCAGCAAUGAAGUGGGCUAAGAAAUAUUGCAUUUCGAAGUGCAGCCAGGAGUUGUUAAAUGGUUUAAUAGAAAUUAAGAUCACUGACGUUAGCAAAAAAACUAAGUUUCUCACCCGAAGGAGCAUGAGGAUAAAGUGAGUUCAGCAAAGUUUCUAUUUAAUUGUAGUGAGGACUUUAUGAUUGAAGUCCUUUAUUGCCUUGUGUUCUUUUUUAAUCACUGCUGGGGCAAUGCCUUCAUUUUUUUACAUUUUAUGGGUUAUUUAUGUCAUUAUUUAGUUUGUAUCAAAUGAAUAGGUUCUUUGGAGCACACUGUUGUUUUUCCAAUGUUACCCUAUUGUAGAGGUGCUAAAGCCUCAAUGUGUUGGUGUUUGUCUCCGCUAUAGUUGUAGCCUGUCUACUUUGACACAUCUGUUAAUAAUGUAUUGUGUUUGUGUUAAUGCAUGUAACUGCAACAUAAUACCCACAGACGUCAUGUAUGUAAAAUCAUGUUUGGUGCAUGUUUAAACCCUGAUAGCAUUCACUUAAUAGUUGCAUUCACUCCCGGCAUUUGAAUUGGUUACCUAAAUUGAACAGAGUUAUUGUUCCUGAAUUUGGUAUUUUGUCUUCAUUCUGACUUCAGAUUGAAAUGUUUUGGCCCAUUGCCUGCUUUUCACUUUUGUUUUUUUGUUGCCAGCAUAGAUAGUCCUUAACCCUCCUCUGCAUCCUCUGAAACUUAUUUUAGACCUCUUAGUCUGUCUAAAACUAGAGUAUUAGGCUAUGAGUGGUCACCUUACAAGGUAUGUCGUGUGCGCAGGUAGAGUCUACCAUGAUGGUGAUGUUCAUAUUCUGAAUUCUUUGACUAAAGAGGAAGCUGUAUUCAAUAAGGCAGUAUGUGUAUAUAUAUAUAUAUAUAUAUAUAUAUAUAUAUAUAUAUAUAUAUAUUUGUGAAUUAGUUUUUAAAUGAUAACAUCCUAAAGAUUUUUAAAAAAAAAAAUAUUACCUUUUCUAUGAAUGAUAUUAUGGUCUUUUACUUGUUUCUAGUGCAUUUAUCAAAGUAAGGUUGUCUCCGUUAAGGUUUAAAUGCCAGUAAUAAAAAUCUAACCUGCUAUAUUAAUCACUGUAUUUUUUUUUCUUUAAGCUGACCUAAUUUGUAUCAGUGUGCAUUAACACUUAUCAAAGUCGUCCAGGUGUUAUGUGCCUUUUAUAGGCUGUUUGCAGAAUAAAAUGCAACAGCUUGAGUUCCAAAUUGCAGCACAGCAGGUUUCUUUUAUAACUUUUGGUAAUUACCCUUUUUUCGACUCAUUCUUUUAUUCUUUUCUAUUUUAUGCAUCCAAGAGAGAUGUUACACUUGCUGUCCUGCUGUAAAACUGUAGCGAAUUUGACUCUGUUUAUUGCAGACUGCCACUAUUUAUUACUUUAGUAAAAAUUUUAUUUCAGUAUAAAACUGUAAUUCACAGACAUAUUAAGAGUUUUUUUUAGAUCAGAGAAGAGAGAGUUGAUUAACAGAUUCACUGCAUUUAGGGGUUAAAUAAUUUUUGUUUCUGUUUAUGCAACCCACGGCAUACCUCCUGUCCUGUCUCCUGUCUGCAAACUGUCCUUACAUUAGGAAAAAUUUAAAAAAGGGGUCAGCGCUGAAUAAAGUCACAAAAAAAAAAUGUUUUAGGGCAGCAAACCUUCGUAUAGAGAGGGGUUCCCUCCUAAUACCCCACAGUUAGCAGCAAGAAAAAGAGAAUGAGGUUGCGCCCAAUAUAAAUUAAAAUAUACCAAAAGAUAUAUAUUAAGUAUUUAUCUGAGAUAAAAUGUCCAGUUAAAUACAGGUGAACUAGAAUAGAAAUAAAAAAUAAAAAAGUCUUUAAGAGCAACAGCCAAUCUUGAUGAGAUAAAACGUUCUUGAGGGAUUCUUGUCAUUCCAGAGGUAUAUGCAAGACACAAGGGAAGACAAAGGAACUCCAAUGGUGCAGUAAAUAAUGCAAUAUGUAUAUGGAAAUAAAUAGGAUAUAUUCUACUCACAUUUACCAGAGCUAUAUCUAGUUCUGGUGUGUAUAGCGUGAAGUGAAAUAAUUCUCACUUCUGGGAUAUAUGUGGUAUGUGGUUUCUCCAGAUAUUUUCAGUGGUGAUAAUUCCAAAACCGGAAAGGUAAAAAUGGCAAAUAUAGUGCUCACUGUAGCAAAGAAUAUAAAAUAGGCUCACUGCUCGAUGAAUAGGGCGCUGGUGGUAUAUUCCCCACCUAGGAUAUUUUUGGUCCUCGCUUGAAAUUUUUUACUUGUUUCAAUCUACUUGAUAAAGCCUUGCAAGGCGAAACACGUUCUAGAUAUAUAUUUCAUUUGAUCUAUUUGUACCAAUAAAGGAAUUUUUGACUCUGUGUCUCUUAAAGGGUGACCUGCUUCUAUUUAAAAUAAUUAAAAUAUAUUUAUUAAUUUAGGGCUAAUUUCAAAGAGCCUAAUGCUCUGCUCCCACAUAUAUAUUUAUAUAUUAUGACAUUUUACUGCUCUGGGCAUGAUGCAUGAUGGGAGAAGGAGUAAUAACAAAUGCUGCACAUAUAUUACAGGUAGACAGAUACGAUAAGGGAGGUAGAAUUAUAUGUAUAUACCUUGACAGUAUUGGUAUUUGUACUGAAACUCAUCUUUCCUCAUAGAUCUAUUAAAUCCACAGGGGUUCUUUCCCAGUAAAAAUCUUACAAGUUUUGCUAAUGGCCUGUCAGGCAAGAUUUCAAGUGAAUAAGAACAAAGUGCUGUCUUAGCUUCAGGCUUCAGCUGGUAAUGUUGCAGUGUUUUUUAUUAAUUGCUAGGGGAACUACCUCUUUACCUCUCAGAGAGUAUGUGCUUGGAGGGAGCUGCUAGGGUAAACAAAGGGCAUCUACAAGAUUAUCCUAAGAAUAACAUUACUGCCAGAACUUUGUUUUUGUUUCACAAUUCAGUCACAAAUGCUUUCGCGGUGUCAAAUGCUCACUUUUUAAAAUUUUAUAUUAGUGGCAAAAUUAUUGUUUUAUAUAUUUUUGUCAUUUAUUGCAUAUGAUCAUAAAAAAGUAGUGGUUCAAUAUUUGAGAUCAUUACAAUUUAAACAAUUAUAAAAAAAACUUAGAAUUAAUAGAUUAUAUAUAUUAUAACACACAUUCAUAAACAUGACUGUAUCUAGUGCUAAGUUUUAGGUAUUAAAUUCAUGGUUAAAAUUUUGCAUUCCCAUCCUUACCAAGAAUAUAAUUUUUGGAUGUGGUUACUUUCUGUCUCUUUAAAACUAUAUAGUUUACAUAAAUGGGUUGUGGUCUUCUGUUUCACUCAUUUGACAAUAUACAUACUUUUUAUUUUUAUACACAUUAAAGGGUUACUAUAGGCAAAAAACUCUAUCUUAAAAGGACACUCCAGGCACCCAGACCACUUCUGCUCAUUGGAGUGGUCUGUGUGCCAACUCCCACUACUCUUAACCCUGCAACUGUAAUUAUUGCAGUUUUUUAUAAACUGCAAUAAUUACAUUGCAGGGCUAACUUCACCUCUAGUGGCUGUCUACUAGACAGCCACUAGAGGGCACUUCCACGUUGAUAGCAAAGUGGACGUCCUCACGCUGUGUGGGGACCUCCAGCGUCGCUCAAUUCCCCAUAGGAAAGCAUUGAAAAUCUUUUUCAAUGCUUUCCUAUGGGGAGACCUAAUGCGCGUGCGCAUUAGGUUUCCUCAGCCGGCGGGCGGGAUCAGGCGUUUUCCUGGCACUGGAGUUUCCCUUUAAAGGGACACUAUAGGCAUAUAAAUUAUGUUCUGCUCUGUUAAUAGCAUAAUAGAAUCUGCAGGGCAUCCUGUUUGUAAUUAACGUUUAAUUUACAGAGUUAAGAAUAAAGUAAGUUGAGAUCUGAAAGAAAAUAAAAUCAUUUUUAUCAUGCAGGCUGUCAGUCCGAACCAGGGGAGGUGUGGCUAGGGUGGCAUGGACAGAAACAAACAUGAUUUAACUUGUUGAGAAGGCAGGGGCAUGAGCUAUACACCAAAGCUGCUUCAUUAGACUAAUGCUGUUUUGAUGCCUAUAGUAUCCCUUUUACUUCCUCCUGUUCCUGUGUCAAGUGUGGAAAUAAUUGCCCUGUUUAAAUAGACACUAUAGUCACCGGAACAACUACAGCUUAUUGCAUUUGUCCUGGUGUCCUCGUGAGUAUAAUCAUUUCCUUCAGGCUUUUUGCUAUAAACACUGUCGUGUUUACAUUAAAGCCUAGUGAUAACUACACUGGCCACUCCUCAGAUGGCUGCUCGAGGUGCUUCCUGGGACAGUGCUGCACAGUGAGCAGCACUGCCAUUCAUUAUCUCCACCCUCUACAUGCAGACACUUAUCUUUCCACAUAGAGAUGCAUUGAUUCAAUUCAUCUCUAUGUGGAGAUGCUGAUUGGCCAGGGCUGUGUUUGACUUGUGCUGGUUCUGCCCCUGAUCUGCCUCCUUGACAGUCUCAGCCAGUCCUAUGGGGAAGCAUUGUGAUUGGCUCAGACGACCACUUCUGAUGAUGUCAGCAGACUGGGACAGGUUAGAGGCAGACAGAGGCAGAGCCAGCAGCUGAAUACUUGAAUACAAGUAAGAUUGCAAUAUAUGUAGGGGGGGAUAGAUGGUGGUUUUAACACUAGAGGGUCAGGAAUACAUGUUUGUGUUCCUGGUCCUAUAGUGUUCCUUUACUUUUGCUCUGUAGCAUACAGAUUCUGAGUUCUGUUCUCUUGCCCAUGAUUAAGGGGUCAAUCUACGUACCAUAACAAAUGUGUAGGAGAAAAAGCUGGAUAGAUCUGUGCACUUGAAUGGUUGGGGGCUUGACCAGUCAAAGCACACAGCUUGGUUCACAAAACGGUGAACUAGGCUCUCUAUAAACUAAUAGCAGCUAUGUUAUUGCUGCUUUCAGUUUUAAAGCAGUUCUGCUGAUUGAUGGGCCUUUUCUUGGCCAGAAAGGGGCCUGCCAGCUACUGGCACAUGCUAUGUGGCUUUAGGAACCUUAAAUGAUAAUUUUUUAUUUAUUCAAUUUUGUUUCUGUUUAUGCAGUCCUACUCACACCUCACCUGGCUAUAACUCUCAUAGCCUUGUUGAAAAAAAAAUGGUUUCACUUUCAAUCAGAUCUAAGAGAAAAAUGUGUUAAUUUGGAAGUUCUCAUGUCUGGCUCUGUUAAUUAACUUUAAUCACACACAUGAGGCUACAGGAAGCUCUAGCAAGCUAUUACCAGAGCAGAACAUAAUAAAUUAUAAAUUAAACACACUGUGCAAUCAGAUAAGCUAAACAAAUGUAGACUCCUUUUUCAGGAAGUGUAUAGGGUGGCAAUGUAAGUCUCAGCCAGUGGAGGUGUGACUAAAGCUGCAUAAACAAAGUGAUUCAACUCCCAAAUGGCAAAGAACUGAGCAGUGAGACUGCAGGGACAUGUUCUAUACACUGAAACCACUUCAUUACGCUAAUGUUGUUUUGGUUGUUAAAGUGUCCCUUAAUUAAAGGAACAAUUUGGGCACGAUAGUAACUUCACCUAAGUUAAGUUGUUAUGGUGCCAGUUGGCCCGGGAUCUCUCUCACCUUAAGGGGUUAUACCAUUCUCGUACAGUUUAACCCCAAAGGCUUCCUCCAUGUCCCCCAGAUUAAACUCACAGUUAGUGACUAGCACAAUACACACAGGGAUGUAUUUUAAGAUUUAACUAACUUUAACUUACAACUGACAGAACAACAUAGAAUCAGAUUAAAUUUUGGACAACAAUCCUUUCGAUAUAGAAAUGUUUUUAUAUCUGCUAACUACAAAGUAUUCACCCAAGUACGUGAGCCUGUUUUGCCCCUUGGAGAUUUUAUCCGUUAUGAGAUGUAUCCUGGAUUUAUUAAAUGUCUGUAUACUGAAGCUAUUACACAAACUGUAAAUAAUCUAACUGGUAAGGCUUUCAUGUCUAAUUAAUUCCUGUACCUGCUUAAUUGCUCUUUAGAAGGAUGCUUAAAUUAUUAUAAAGAAGUAAGGCCAUCUAGAUCGGGGGGAGGGGGGGAGUGAAAGGGGCAUUCAACAUUACAGCAUCUGUCUUUCUAUUAGCUUAAUGAAUCAGUUAUAUCUUAAUGAUAUGUAAUUACACAUUUAAAAAAUAUUAAAUAAAUAGAGCAAGUUUGUCUCAGGGGGUUCGUACACAUACAUAUAAAUAACACCUGCAUUCACCUACUCCCAUACAACAUAUCAUAGCAAUCUUCUUUUUUUUAAUUCUUUAGAAAAAAUAACGAUUCAUAUUCGGUUAACAUUAACUAUUACCUAAUUAUGUCAAAAGGUACAAAUGGCUAUAUUUUUCUCAUGCCAAGUUUCAAGUUCAUAACCAAAGAACAAUAUUAAAAGUAGAAGAGUUUCAAACGCAAACACAUGCCUACCUACAGACCCAAUGCACAAGAGCAACCCACUGAAACGACACCUACAAAACAGGUCGGCAUACCAAGCCUCCAGGGUGGGCAUAGGCUAACAGACAGGAACAAUCAUGGGGACUUGCACUAACCAACACUGUUGAGACGCACCUCUCGAACGCACUACCCCUGGAAACUACACCCAAAGUCAAUGUUUUUCACUGUGACUAAUGCUGUUAUAGUUAAGAGUUCUUGCACCUACAAAGCCAUAUGCGCAGCCUAGUGGACUCACUAAUGUAACUGCUGCUUAAAUUGAUAGAAUUAACCUAGCCUGAUUAUAUUGUGGUCUCACUGUGAUCGACAUUGCAGACUUACUGACAUAACUGACCAAGCAUAUUUACUCUGUGACUCUACUAUUUCUGCUGACGCACUACCGACUAACCAGUUAGGCCUCUAUACCAGAAUGCAUGCAUCACUUUUAUUGUCAGUAGACUAGAUGGUACACUGCUUGAGCAUAUUCACAGUUUAAACUCACUCUUUAAAAAAAAAAAAAAAGCCGAAGACUUUAGACAAGCAAAAUGUAUGAUAAACAUGCGGCUAACAAACAAACACUAGCAAAGUGAAAAUCUAGCUAUGUUAAACGUGGAUCACCCUAUCUUAUGCUUACGUUUUCGUUGUUUAACCAAGCUUGUUUUGCUUAUAUAUAGGAAUGUUCAAUCUCUCAUGCCACUGUCGGACCUGGGUGCAUCUUCAAACGCGCUGUUGUGGCGUAUGUCGAUAACAUGUAAUUAACUGCACAACAAAUAUAAAGAAUUCAAAAAAAAAAAAAAAUGUAGUAGAGUUUGCUCCUUCUUGAUGCUAAUGGUAUUACUUUUUAUCAAGCUCUUAACACAUCCUGACAGAGUGAGGGACACAGAACGCCUGCUUGUGCGCCUCAUUAAAUGUGAGUUUCACAAGUGCUUCCGAUCUACUAAGCCGCACAUUGUGUUUCUGUUUUUCAGGUCUAUAUUUUUCUGUUGCAAGAUCCACAGCAGUUUUGCUAUAUAUGCCCGACUAGUGUUAUACGCUUAAAAACUUUUGGCUCUGCAGUAACCACACUUACUAAUUUUUUGUAAAUCUCAUUGUAAUUCUAGGACAGAUAUAUUUUAAAUAUUAUUUCUGCACUGGACUUUUUACACGUAUCCCUUUAUACUUCCUUGCAGAGUCUGUGUCUGUAUACCUGAAGCAUGGCUCAAUUUGCCUGAUGUUCGGUUUUGCUGCCAUUUUAACCCUUCCUAUAGCCUAAUAAUGAUAUAAAGGGGAAGAUAAAAAAAAGUGCAUGAUCCGGCCCCCCCAACUUAUCUGGUGAAAUAUGACUAUUGAGAGAGGGUUCUGAAUUAUUGGCAAAAGUAAAUAGUGCUGCCUUAAAGGAACACUAAAGUGUCAGAAACAUGUAUUCCUGACAUUACCUAUUGUGCUAAAAUUACAGUUUAGGUACCCGGCCCUCUCUCUUUGCUUUGAACUUAGCCUGUGCAAGUUACUUUUAUAAUUUAAAUGUUAUUGUAAUUUACAAAUGUUAUUAUUUGUACAUCUCUUAAUGGAGAAAAAUAAUAGCAAAAUUUCUAUUUCAGCAUAGCAUCACAAAUAUUUAUAUGAAAAAUGCCUCUCAACUGUGGCCUUGUAUAUAUGGUACUAAAUGACACAAUACUGCUGUCAGUGCAAUAUAUAUUGUCUGUGAACGAGAGAAUAUGGGAGUUUUUGGUGCAAAUGAGUCUCUGCUGGAGUGGUACUAACCCCAGGUUAUGCCCAAGGCAAAACUCGACUUUAUCUAUAAUCAGGACUUGCCCUCUACACUCUCUUGGUGAUUAAUGCAAUUAUUUUUAUGUCAGCUGUACGACAGCUUUUUGUGAUACAUUUGUGUUAUCAAAAAAAUCAUUGCAUUCAUACAUUGUUAAAUAUCGUAAAGCAUAUUUAUAGACUUGGCAUGAGAGCUUGCUAUAUGAAAUUGUUAUGAUACUUCUUUACAAUGGUAUAUAACAGCCAUAAUUUUAAGCUUAGUGUAGUCUACACUAUGUUUAAAACCAUAGUUUGAAAGUGAACUUGUCAUGCACAAGCUAAACUCUGAAACCUAAUUAACCCCUUAAGGACACAUGACAUGUGUGACAUGUCAUGAUUCCCUUUUAUUCCAGAAGCUUGGUCCUUAAGGGGUUAAAGGACCACUAUAGUGCCAGGAAAACAAACUUGUUUCCUGGCACUAUAGUGUUAAUAGGUCCCCCUCACCCUCAUGGCCCCCCUCCCGCUGGGCUGAAGUGGGAGGAAGGGGUUAAACACUUACCUUUCUCCAGCACCGGACAUACUCGGCUCUGGGGACUCUCAUCCUCCUUUGGACGUCAUCAGCUGAAUGCGCAUGCGCGGCAAGAGCUCAAUGCUUCUCAAUGCUUUCCUAUGGAUGUUGGCAUCUUCUCACUGUGAAAAUCACAGUGAGAAGCGCGGAAGCGCCUCUAGCGGCUGUCAAUGAGACAGCCACUAGAGGCUGGAUUAACCCUAGUGUAAACAUAGCAGUGUCUCUGAAAAUGCUAUGUUCACACAAGGCAGGGUUAACCCUAGAUGGACCUAGCACCCAGACCACUUCAUUAAGCUGAAGUGGUCUGGGUGCCUAUAGUGGUCCUUUAAUCUAAAACAAACAAAGUUUUAGAUUAAUUGUAACAUUUAGAAACAUAGAAUGUGACGGCAGAUAAGAACCAUAAGGCUCAUCUAGUCUGCCCAAUUUUCUAAGUACUUUCAUCCAUCCCUGGCUUAUCUUAUAUCUGGGGUAGACUUAUGGCUAUCCCAUGCAUGCUUAAACUCCCCCACUGUGUUAACCUUUACCACUUCAGCUUUAAGGCUAUUCCAUGCAUCCACUACUCUCUCAGUAAAGUAACCUUAGCCCCUCUUGCUGUGGUACUUUUUCUUCUUUUAAAUAUAGUCUCCCCCUUUACUGUGUAGAUUCCCUUUAUGUAUUUAAAUGUUUUCAUCAUAUCCCCCCAGUCUCUCGUCUUCCCUCCAAGCUAUAUUUCAUCUAUAUGGUGGGCUAUCAAAAUCAAUAUCCGCUACAUUGCUGAAAUUACCGUUAAUCUGAUGUACAUCAGAUUAUUUUGGCAGCAUGUUUUAGCAGACAUACACAAGAUCUUACCCACAUAUGUGCAGUUAACUCCGUCCCAGAUACUGUUGGGCUGGCCCUCCACUUUAUAUCAAAGACAAGCAGUAACUGCUGAACCGUAUACUAAACAAAGCAAAUGCUCUGAUUCUGGUACAUUGGUGCAAGCCCCUUGUACCGACCAGAGAACAAUGGGUCCAGAGAGUUGAGAAAAUGAAGGAGAUGGAGGAAAUCCAUUGGUCAGUCCAAGGGAUGAGAGAGGACUACCUCACGGUCUGAGAGUCCUGGUUAUUACACUGGAGAGACCCCUCAGAAAUAGUGGACUAGAUUAGACCCUAGAAGGUAAACAACUUUGAUGUAGAAUAUGUAAUAGGCAGACUCCCUCUCCACCCCCCCCUCCCCCAUUAUCCUCCCCCAGCCUUUCUUUCUUUCUAUCUGUCUCUCUUUCUUUUCCACUACAUAUUUGAUAUUGAUUAUAUAUUUAUCAGAUGUUAUAUUGUAGAGUAGAGAGAUCCAUUCAGGAGUUUGGGAUAUUGUAUUUUUGUUUCUGUCUGACUGAUAUAAUGAGAUCCAUUGUAUAUCCAUAUUGCUUGUUAAUGGAUAUCCCGGGAUGUUUGACAAAUUUGCCCCUCCUUUUCCUCUUCCUGUAUUCUCAUUUAUAUGGGUUUCUAAAAUAUAAUGAGAUGAAAUAAGGGGAAAGGAAAUGAAGGAAGGCGGAAAGGAGAGAAAGGGAAAGGAAAAGAAAGGAGAACGGAUAAUGAGAAAUAAAAUAUGAUGAAAAAGGUAUACCCUUAAAUGAUAAUUAUACAUACACCACUCUGAUCAGUUUCUCAAAUAAUUGGUUACCGUUAAUCAAAUAGUAGAUGUUGUAGACUUAACCUUAAAGGGACACUUUAUGCACCAUAACCAGUACAGCUUGCUGUAGUUGUUAUAGUGCCAGGGGUGCAAUCCAUCUGAUGAUAAUCUGUCAAACCGUGUGUCACUUGCCUUGAUGUGUUUAGGUGUCGGAGCUGCUUCCAGCCUGAUUAGAUCUGAUAAAGAAAAAUUCAUACUUUUGCAUUACCAUACCAGGCGUAAGAACUAUUUACUAACUGAGAGCUAUCAGUGAACACUGAUAAACUUGGAAUGAGUUGGAAUAAUAAUGUGGAAUUAUGAACUUUGACUUUUACAGAUCAAAUCAGAAUGGAAUUUGCAGGGGGCUCAACACGGCAAAAUAGUUAUCAGUCUGUUCCUAAACAGCUUGACAGACUACUGGAAAAUAUCAUCCAGGUUCUCCUGGCGUCAUAACCACUCUACAGCACACUGUAGUGAUUAUGGUGCCUAGAGUGUGCUUUUAAGACUGGUAAAUGUAUUAUCUACCUUAUUGGCCUCUGGUGUAGUAGAAUACAUUUUUUGGUUUGUAUAACAAUUCAAAUACCCAGUGCUGAAUAUGGCAUCUUACAUGCACUCGAUAUUCAAGAUAUGAUAUUAAUGGCACAGUGGUAUAAGAAAAACCCUUGAAAUAGCAUUUCAUCUAUAGAUUAGCAUUUGCAGUUGGUUUGGAUAAUAUUGUAUUGUUUAUGAAUGUCACCAUGUCAUGUUUGUAUGAUUAGUGCACUUUAAAUGUGCUUAUAGACCAGUAUAGACUGUUUUAAUAUAGAUUGUGACUUUUAACAUUUUUAUUUAGAGUGUGUGUGUUGCUAUUUCUAACAGUCUUAUCCUUUGGUUCAGUUUCACGUAUUGUAUAAUCUGUAUAUGAGAAAUUCAUCGCACAUCACCAGUUCACAUGAUUUCACCAGACUGAGGUCUUGCAGUUCCUAGCGAUUACGCCACAAAAAAAAAAACUGUCCAGAAUUAUUCUUGAUAACAUAUCUUAUUAUAUUAUUCCUUUCUUUUUCUGAUAUCCCUAAAUAGUGCGCCAGAAACAAAGAACAGCAUUUUAGCUGUGAUCUUAAUUGAGUACUUCGUAGCAGUUUUGUCCUGGAGUGCCUUGUGUUCCGGACAGCUAAACUACUUUGUGUUUCUGUUCUGAAGAGCCAUUUCCACUGACUGACACAAUAUUUACUGUUAAAAAACAAAAGAGGUCAGUGAUGGCAGGAGACUAAUACAAAUCAAUUUCUGACUCUGGUAAGAUAAAAAGAGUCUCUUAUGCUAUAUUUGGAAACAGUACAAGAUUUAUCUAGACGUUUUGUGGUUCAGAUCGAUCCUACAGUGUUCUUAUACUCUGUGACGUUACUUUUACUGCACUGCACUCUAAUCUAGCUGGAGUACUGCUGGUAUAUCAUAUUAGAGAGUCUCUGCUAUGCAUAAUAUGGCAUUAUCAUAUUUCUAUUUUAUUGUCUUAAUAACGUACUGUGUACACUGUGCAAGCCAAACGGCUAACACAUUCUGCGUAAAGAUGCUAGAUCACACAAAGCAAUAUAAGCGCAAAAGAAAGGGAUAGCGAUAAUUAGACUACUGCUCAUUUUCCAUUAAAAAAACUUGUUUUUUAUGAAAUCUUCAAAAAUCAAUAACUUGACAUACCGUAGAAAAUGCUCCAAAGACCUUUAGUUCCAAGGCAUAGAUUCUAUGCAGUGGCACUAAAGGCCUUUAGAGCGUUUCCACGUAUGUCCAUUUAUUGAUUUUUGGAGAUUUUAUAAUAGACACGUUUUUAUAUGGAGAAUGAGCAGAGGUCUUUCUUUUGUGUGGUAUAUAUUGCGCCACUGCGUCCGGGGCUAAUUUACUAUGUUAAUGCAGCGUGGUAUGACGAAGCUUUGCGUGUUUUGUUUUCAUAUAAGAAGUGCACCACAGUAAGGAUCACGUAUAUAAAAAAGAAUAAAGGUGCUAAAUGGUCUCAAGGAGAACCCCUUGGUGUUACAACUACAAUGUAUAAAUAACUGAACUAUUUUGAAACGUGUUUAUAUUUAAUAAUUGUUUUACAAUUAUUCAUGUGAAUAUUGCUGAUUUUUACAUUUACUUGAGAUUUGGGGGCAAUGUAUGUUAAUACAAAAUCACCCUUUUAUAAUAAUGUUGUGGUAUGGUUAUUUGGUUAUUAUGUAAAGUAGCUAGAGCAGCAGAAUAUUUUUGGGGUGUCAAUAAUAUAUAUUUCGAGGCUAUCUGCCUUUCUGAGUUAUGCAUUUUAUUACAUUCUUUCUUUUGAGCGUGCAGAGGAGUUUAUACAAUUGGAUAGAGACAUUUGUUGCAAAACAAAAUGAGCGAUUACAGAUUGAUAAGUAAAGCACUGAAUGUCACAAUGAGCUGCACAUUUUUAGGGGUUAAGUAAUAAUCAAGAAUCACAGGCUAGCCAUCUGCGAUAAAGCUCUAGGAAGAUAGGUAAAAAUGCUUAAAGCUGGCUAAACAUGUAGAUUAUAACAGGCUGGCUGCACAUCAGGCUAGCUAGACAAAAGACAAAGGCUAUGAGUGUGAUAUUACAUGCUAAUUAUGAACAUGCUAGGCCACUGGAACUGCACUCAGUAUCUUUUUGGCAUAGCUAUAUGAGUUAAUAAAAAUAAAAGGGGAAUACAAUGAAAAACAACAGUGGGUCAACAUAGACAGAGAAUUAUGACAGCCAUGAAGAGAGCAGGCCCCAACUAGUCACGAGGUACACAGCAUCAGCUGUCACCAUGUGGUUCUUAGGCAGCUUCUCCGGUGCCAUGAUCAGCCAAUCCCUGCGAGUUGUAUAGUUGUCGUGUAGACAGGAAUGUCCAGGUGAGUAACUGUGGAGUGGCACCAGAGCAGAACUCUCCUCCAGCCCCCGGCUUGUGUGUGAGCAGUCACAGACGUUCCACGGUCUGGGGCUCUAUUGAUGGCUAAUUCCAUUCCACUUCUGGGGUAGAUACUGCAAGUCCUGAGGGUUUGGGGCACUGUAUGAUGUUGUGGAUACCCCCUCCACGGGCGUGAGAUGAGCACUGGGGUAAAUCCCCUCGAGCUCCUCAACCGGAGUGUGCAGUAUCGGGUAGUUGAUUGUCUGGAGCCUGUACGUUGCUGGAAAGGUCGGGAUUUUCGCUUCUGAGGCUUGUGUGUGGAGGUGUUCCGUGAAGCCGGGCCUGGCUUGAGACACGUAUUGUCGGGCAGUGAGUGUUGUAGCUCGCUUUCAUGCUGUCCUUUCUCCAUAAGCUCUGCUUCUGUUAGCUGUUGAGCUUCAGCCAGAAGUUUGAGAAGAUUUCCUCUAGCCGCACUAUUGUUGUCACCAUCAGUCUUCCGGCAGGUGAGGAAAGCUGUGCAUUCGCCAUCUCCUGACAUGCUAUAAUAUUGGCCCAGAGUUUCUUCCACCAGUGGUUUAGCAAGUAGUUGUCAAGAUAUCCCUCACCGGCAGGGGGGUCAGGGUGGCCAAUCGCGUCCUCUUGCUCUGACAUUGGCAGUAACAGGGAGAUCGGCCGCCUCUCCCCUGUUCACCACAGCAGGUGGGCGGCAGCAGUUGGGUUUAGACCCCCCUUAUUGUGGUGGGAAGCUUUAAAAGUAGGCACAGUAUGUAGCUGGUCAUCCCCAGUAUCACCAAUACUGAUUUUCUCGUGAAGAAAGGUAUAUUUUAACAUUUUUCUGGGUUUAGGUUCAGAGCUCACAUGAGGUGCGACCAUGCAGUAUUACGGUCAGGCCCUAUCCCCCAGAGUUAUGCAUUUUACAUUGGUACCCAAAUUUUAAAUGAAUCUGGGAACUUUCUCCAGGUGUGAGAUUUAUGUAACAUUAUUUGUUUUCUUUAAAAGGAAACUGGACACUAUAGUCACCAAAACAACUUUAGCUUAAUAAAGCAGUUUUGGUGUAUAAAUCAUGCCCCCGCAGUCUCACUGCUUAAUUCUCUGCCAUUCAGGAGUUAUAGCACUUUGUUUUUGCAGCCCUAGUCACACCUCACUGCAUGUGACUACACAGUCUUCCGAAUCACUUCCUGGAAAGAGUCAUCUAAUGUUUACACUUCCUUUAUUACAAAUUCUGUUUCAUUUAAAAUUUCUUAUAUCCUGCACUGUUAAUAACUUGCUAAACACUGCAGGAGCCUAGUGUGUGAUUAAAGUUCAAUUUACAGAGCAGGAGAAACAAACUUUUAAAGUAAGCUGCAUCUGUUUGAAAAUGAAACCAUUUUGUUUUCAUGCAGGCUGAGUCAGCCACAAUUGAGCAGGGAGACUGCAUAUGCAUGAUCUAUACACCCAAACUACUUCAUUAAGCUGAAUUUGUUUUGGUUACUAUAGUGUCCCUUUAAUUUUUAUUGUCCCUAAAUAAAUACAUUUGUGAGAUCAUAAAAUAAAACAAAUUUUUUUCAAUAGUUUCCCUUUUAGGUUUCUACAUUUUGUAUGUUCAGGGAGAAAAAUUGCCUUUCUGAAAUUGCCUGAUUAUAUUGAGCACCUUAGGUAGCCGCAUGAAUUAUAAAUUAAAUUGUUAACACAAGUUAUAUGUGAUUUUUAGUGUUUUAUUCAGUGGUGUUAAUUUCCAGGGAAGUGACAGUUCUGCUUUAACAAAAAAAAAAUAAUUUAGGUAUUUGAGAUAUACAGCAUGAAUACAAUGUUUAUACCUGAUUGGAUUUGAUUUUUCCUAUCAAAGGAGACUGCUAUUGCUGCCGAUGCAAUGUCUUUCAUAGGGAAAAAGUUGAAUGAGAGCAAAAAUGAGUUGAAUGAGCGCAAAAAACGUUCAGCUUUUAAGUGCUCUACUGGCAAGAAGCCACUAACAUAUAAAUAGCAUGAACUACAAUGAGAGUAGCUAAACUUUUUUUUUCUUCCAUUGUAUUCAUUCAUACUGAGAAAUGUAAAAUUGCCGUGUGUAAUUUGAAGAAAUGCAUGAUUACACAGAAUAUUUAAUGUGUGCCACUAUCAGAUAUUUUAUAUAGCUAAAAUACACAAUGGCUUACCAUUUCUGUGUUGUCUUUUGUUUAAUUUUAUAGUAAAAUUUUAAAAUAUGUGUUUUUCUCUUUUAUUACGUGGAACAGUGUAAAUCAGACUUCAAUAUAUGUGCAGCAUUAAGCGUUGUAGAUAGGCAGAUGGAACCUGGAGGUGUUGGAUUCAUUAUAUCUAAAGAUGUAUAAUGGUUUAAAAGAGCAAUUUAUUCUGAUUGCUCAACUCCAUCUAAAAGCUUACAUUUAUCUGCUCUUUGCUAAAUCCUUAUGCAUAUCCAGAUUUUUUUUUUUUUUAUGUAUUUCUUUACUGGGGGUUUAUUCACUAGGCAGUAAAUUUUAAUGAAUUAAAAAUCAAAUUGGAUAAUGUAAAAAAAAAUUGUUGCAAAAAUUCUCCAUCCCAGCUGUUGUCCCAGUGUCACUAUUUUAGCCUUAACUUUCCAGUUAUGUUAUUGAUUCAAUAAAAAUCUGUUUUUAGAGAAUUUCUCCAUCUGUGUUUGUUUCUAUAUCUUAAAGUGGUCUGGGGUCUUUGCAUAAGUUGCAAAAAUCCUCGAUGUUGACAUCACCAUUUGGGGUCCAGUGGCCAGGGGUUUCAGGCAAAGGUAAGGUUUACUUACCUGACUUGUCCCUCGUGGGUGCUGCCAUCUUCUUCCUGCUGCUAUUUUUCAGCUCCUGGCAUUACAGGUGCCAGGUGCCCACGUCAGCGAUGUAGUCUCGUGCAUGCGCAAGAGUACAGAAUUGGGGUCUAUAGAGGAUCCUCAAGAACCUUCAUAGAAAGAGCUUAAUUUCCCUACAGUCGUCAUUAGUGAAGACUGGGGGUAACAGCAAGGCUUGAAAGCUGUUGCUCCAUCAGUGUCAAACCUUGUCAGACGUAGUAAAAAUACUGAGACACGUGGUCUCUGCUUUAUCUCAGUGUAACGUUUUAUUGGGUUGGACUUUCAGUGAAAUUCCAACACAGUCGAUCUGACUAUUUCAUAAAGAUUCUGUCAUUAUGAAAUACUCAUUUGGGGGGUAGGGUGUGUGUGUGUGGGGGGGAGUUUCAAAUCCCCCUUAAGGCUGGCCAAGCAUCAGGGAAGAGGUAGUCUUACAAUAACUUGAGAUAUAUACCUUUUGCAUACCCUUGCUCUUUGAAAGUGUAGUUUAUAUUUACUAUCUCUUCAAUGAUGAGAAUAUUCAACUAUCUUUAUUCUGGCAAUAUUAUUGCACUGGCAUUGAUGACGUUUGGGACAAAAGGGAUAGAAAGUAUAUAAAAUCUAAUAUUACUAGUAGGUGAAGGGACAAAUGUCUUUUAAUCUUUUCAAAAACAGAAAAGCCAUUUUUAAGCAGCUGACAUCUGUUUAUAGAAAUGGCAAGAGCACCCGUAUUAAUUCUUGUUCAUAAUACCAUACGAAGGGAACGCAUCAGUGCAAACAGGAUCUGGAUUUGAAUUGUAGAUCAUGUCUGUGCCAUCUGUGAGAACUGAUGUUGUUGUGAAAUUAAUGCGUUAAUGAAAUCACAAUAAUUUCUCAGAAGCAAUGAACUGAAAGUCUGGGAUGACUGUUUUUAUAAGGUAGGGGAUUAAAGAUUAUUAGGGGAUGUGUAAAGCUUUUUUGUAUUCAAUUAUUUCUUCAUCAAAGCACUGAUCAGCUAAUCACAGGCAGUGAUCUCACAUGACAAAACUCCAAAUUAUAGUGAAUUAAAUCCUAAUGGCAGAAUUUAAGCUAAUAUAGUCAAGCUAUGCGAGUUGAAGAAUUUUUCCAGAUCAUCUAUUUUAACCGAAAUGUUGUCAUUUGGAUUUUAACGUAAAACAAUUUGGAGUUAGGUGAAUAAUUCAGACUGAGAUUUGUUUGCAGUGAUUAGUGUCCACAGGAUUUUAGUAAGAAGAGCACUUAACUAAAACUAUACUGGUUUUAUUGCGAGUAGAAGAAUAAUUGAAUUGUCUAUCUUUAGGAUGUAUUUGACUAUCUUAUUUUGUAUCAUUAUUAUUGCCAUUUAUAUAGCGCCAACAGAUUCCGUAGCACUUUACAAUAUCAUGAGAGGUGGGAUUUAACUAUAAAUAGGUCAAUUACAAGAAAACUUUCAGGAACGAUAGGUUGGAGAGGACCCUGCUGAAACAGCUUACUGUCUGUAGGAGGUGGGGUGUAAAACACAUUAGGACAGGAAAUAUCAAUCAAAUAAGGUGAGAGUGAAGCAGAGCUGGAGGAGAGAGUAGAGUGCUGCCCUGUAGGAGAGAGCAAGAGACAGGUAUGUGAGGUAGAGGUUAGUCUGGUAGGCCAUAGGCUUUCCUAAAGAGAUGGGAUUGAAGGCGAGGGAGAGAGUCUGAUUGGGGUGGGCAGGCUAUUCCAUAGAGUGGGAGCCGCCCGCGAGAAGUCCUGCAAGUGUGAGUUGGCCGUCCGGGUGCGAGCAGCUGACAGAAGAAGGUCACGGGCAGAGUGGAGAGACAAAGAAGGAGCAUAUCUAUGGAUCUGUGAAGAGAUAUAAGAGGGGCUAGAAUUGGUCAGUGCUUUAUAUGUAUAGGUUAGCACUUUGAAUUGACUCCUAUAGGAUACAGGAAGCCAAUGUAAGGACUGGCAGAGGGGUGAGGUGUGAGAAGACUGACUAGAGAGGAAAAUCAGUCUGGCGGCAGCAUUCAUUACAAACUGUAGCGGGGCAAUAUGGCUAUUGGGAAGGCCAAUUAGGAGAGAGUUACAAUAAUCCAUGCGAGAGAUUACUAGAGCAUGGAUAUGCUCUUUAGUAGCAUCUUGUAGCAUUUUGUACUCCAGUGUGCCUUUUUGAUUGGAAUUUAAAAUGUUUAGUCUAGAUGGGUGUACCUUUUUCCAAGACGGCUACGUCACCAAGCGUUCUGCAUAUUGGUUGCAAAGUAAUCUUUAGUUGAUAAACUAAAAAGAAGCUGCCCACUCACCCUUAAACUGUGAUAUUAGGUGAAAAUUCCAGAGGUGUGUGUGAGUUCCCAGGUAUAUAUUAUAUAUUACUCCAGAUCUUAUAGAUUGGAAGGUCACAUGAGCAAGGACUUCUCCACCUCUUGUUAAUAUUCAGUAUGUUAAUUCCUUGUUUUCAAAUAUCCCCGUUAUAUAAUUGUAAAGUGUUGUAAAAUAUGUUGGCUCUGUAUAAAUGCUAGUUAUAUUAAUAAUUUAAAAAGUACAAUAUACCUCCUUAUAUGUAUUUAACAUUGUAUAAUCAUCUUUUUGUCAUGUUGCAUUUAGAAUCUAUAGUUAUAUAUUAAAUAGUUGCUUUCAUGUAUAAAUAUGAACUCUCUCAGCUUGUCAAAUUUUUUCACUUUUCCUAUAGGUAUGUGAUUGGUGUAAACACAUAAGGCAUACUAAAGAAUAUCUGGAUUUUGGAGACGGGGAACGACGGCUUCAGUUCUGCAGUGCAAAGUGUCUAAAUCAAUAUAAAAUGGACAUAUUUUACAAAGAGACACAAGCCAACCUCCCAGCUGGACUAUGUAACACAUUGCAUCCCCCAGCUGACAAUAAAGCAGAAGGAACAGGGGUACAGCUGCUAACGCCAGAUUCUUGGAAUAUAUCGCUGACAGAUGCUCGACGAAAAAUUCCUUCCCCAGUGUCUGCAGCCGGCCAAAUGCAAGGUCCUGGAUCAUCAGCCUCUACCGCUGCAUCUCCAUCUGAUACUGCCAACAAUUCUGCUUCUAAAAUCCCUACACCUGUACCCAAAUCCAUUCCUAUUAAUGAAAAUCCAAAUAUGCCUCCAGUUCCUGUACCACCACCUGCCAGCAUUGUGCCUCCCAUGGGUGUACCACCCAGGAGUCCUCCCAUGAUUAUGACGAACCGAGGACCAGUUCCUCUGCCCAUUUUCAUGGAACAACAAAUCAUACAACAAAUACGUCCACCUUUUCUUAGAGGACCCCAUGGCUCAAAUCCUAAUAGCCCUUUGUCUAAUCCAAUGAUUCCUGGUAUGGGCCCGGGUGGUCCUAGAGUUAUGGGUCCCGCCUCUAGUCCUAUGCAUAGACCAAUGUUGUCACCUCAUAUUCAUCCAUCAAGUACACCUACAAUGCCUGGAAAUCCACCAGGAUUGCUUCCACCACAUCCACCUGGAGGCCCUUUACCUAGUCUUCCUUUUCCCCCUAUAGGCAUGAUGCCAAAUGGCCCUAUGCAUAUGCCACAGAUGGUCAAUUUUGGAUUGCCAUCCCUUGCCCCAUUGGUGCCACCGCCAACCCUGUUAGUGCCAUAUCCUGUAAUUGUCCCUCUACCUGUUCCAAUACCAAUUCCUAUUCCCAUUCCUCAUAUAUUUGAUUCCAAACCCCCAAAUGACUUCUCCCGUAAUGGUGAAAAUAUCAUUCCAAGUUCAUCAAGUGAGUCACCUGGGGCAAAGCCAAAGGAUAACUCUUUGUCUCAAAGGGAAUCUAAACAAAAAUCAUUUAAAUCUUCAGACUCUUCGCCAGGUGGUGCAGGGCAGUCUUCUCACCAGACUCCCAUACUUCAGGAGGACACUAAAACUGAAGUUGUGGAUUUAACACUGAGGACAGCAAGCCCGGAAAACAGUAAACUUGGCAUCCCCAAUAUACUUCAGGCCCCACAGGAUGGAGUUAUAGACUUAACUGUGGCACACAGAUCUAGACUUCACAAUGUAAUUCACAGAACUGUCAAUGCUCAACUAAAACUUGAACAUGAACCCAACAGUGUUGUAAACUUGGCUUUUAGUAACUCAGAUAGAAAGAACUGUAGUAACUGCAGGGACAAUUGUAGCCCAGUGGACACAAAAACAUAUCCAUCCAGUGACUCAUCCUAUUCCUGUCCUAUUUCGCUGGUCUCCAGCCCUCCAGGACACGAAACCAGCGCAGCAGUUUGCAAUGUCAUUGUAAACGGUACAAAAAGCACAGAUAUUUCUAAAAACUCAGAAAAAUCUCCUCUUGAGCAGAAAAAAACUACUCUAGAUAAAGAGCCACUUGUAAAUGAAUUAGAGUCUGUUAAAGAAAAUAAUUGUGCUUCAAACUGCCAUCUAGAGUUAGAAACCAGCAAGAAGAGUCUUACAGAAGAGACCCUCAUGACUGGGGACAAACAAGAUCCCAACCUAAACAACCCCGCCGAUGAGGACCAUGCUUAUGCAUUGCGUAUGCUGCCUAAAACAGGCUGUGUUAUCCAGCCUGUGCCAAAACCAGCAGACAAGACUGCAAUGACACCAUGUAUAAUCCCAACACCAAUUCUCGCCACAGGGACAGAGGAUUUGGAGCCACCACUCAAAAGGAGGUGUCUCCGUAUUCGAAAUCAAAAUAAGUAAAAGGUGUGUUCGAAAAAGAUUUUUACUUAAAUAUGAUUACGGUGAUGAGUGUUCUGGUGCAUAAUGUGUAUCAAUAAGACCUCCAUGCUUAUAGAUUACCAGCUUAGAUUUAUUUACAAACAGAGAAACCUCUCCGUCAAUAUAUUUUAGACACUUCAAUAAUUAGUCACUAUUCUCUAAUUCCUUUAGGUAUAGAGAAUAUUCUGUGUCUUGUUAAUAAAAUUUGGAAAUGUUUGGCAUUUAUGCAUCGCAUUAAAUUCCUUAAAGGGAUACCAUAGGUAUCAAAACAAUUUGAGCUUAGUGAAACAGUUUUGAUGUAUAGGUCAUGCCGCUUCAAUCUCACUGCUCAUUUAGGAUAACUUUUGCUUCUGUCCACACAGCCUUAGCCACGCCUCCCCUGGCUGUGACUCACAUUUCAAAAAUGGUUUAAUUUUAAAACAGAAGUUAACUUCCUUUAAAUAUUUUUAUCUCUUGCUCUAUAAAUUGUACUUUAAUCACACACAUGUGGCUCCUGCAGACUCCAGCAGGCUAUUAAAAUAAUAGGAAAAAAAAAAUCGGCAUGUGAACCAAUUGAUUUCUCAGAUUCUGUGAUUUAGAGCCUAGCUUUUAAAUACAGUCCUAAAAAAGGAACACUGUACUACCAUGUAACAAGAUUUCUAUUGAAUUCUGCACUUUUUGUAAAAUGACAAACAGAGGGCAUGCUCUUUACACAUAAAGCACUUUAGAAAGUUAAAGUGCCUUAUGGGGCUGGAGUGUCCCUUUAAUAACAUUAACAUACAGAUUUAUUGCAUUAACACUGACUUAAUUAUAUUAAAAUAUUCUAUUGCAACAAGAAGGAAGAGUUAACACAAACGUACAAACUAUAGUAGAAAAAUAACACUACAAGCACCAUAACCACCACAGAGUGCUGUAGUGGUUACGAUGCCAGGAGCCCCUUGACCAUAAUAGAAAGAAGUGGUACCAGAGGCCCAGGGGAUCAGGAGAGGGUGCAGUCCGUCACUCAUAUUAGACUCGUGUGUAGCUGUAGUAUAUAUUAAUAAAUAAUUAUAUGCCCAUAACUAAUUAAUUUGUUAAUAUAGCUGUAAUCAUAAUCUGAUUGAUGGUACUUAACUUAAACAAUUUUGAGUGAUGUUAGCCUUCUGGCCAUCCAUUACUAUAAACUGUGCUCAGAUUAAAUGGGGAGAAUUCAUCAAAAUGCCUGAGUGAAUAAGUUAAUGGUUUAAAAGUUAAGAGUUAAAAGAGCAUUUGCUGCUCCUGAAUAUAUCAGCAUUCAAAGCAUGUGUUGAAAAAAAGUGUCAUUUAUUACACAAAUUAAAGCAUUUUUAAUUACAUUUUUAUUUCUAGUUAAGUGACAUCAUAAAAAGCUAAAAAUUAAAAUAAAUAGAAUGUAAAGAUAAUUUAAAUAUAUUUACUCAGUGCAUUAUCAUUACGACAAAGGUUCAAUUAUAGAUUUGCACUCUUAUCAUUCAAAUACAUCUACUAAGCCACUAAUGCAAAUCCACUAAGCUAAGCCACUGGAUGGCGAAUCCAAGUAUCCUGUUCAAAACAAGUCAUAUGUCGACAUAACCAUGGCAAACAACCGUACAGAUUGAAAACAACAGGACAUUUCUCUUUGACAAAUCGGUUGGUGUGUUUUUGGAGACAUUUUGCAGCAAGGAAAUAAAUUGCCUCCUUUGUUCCUUUUCAGUUAUUUUAUUGGCAGAAUGCCCUUCCUGGGGGCUGGAUGGAUAAUAGGCUAUUUAUCAAUGUCUUGACUUCAAAAGUGGUGGAAAAUGGUAUCAAGAGCUGCAGUUGAUUUGCCUAUUUGCAUAUUUAUAAAUAAUUAUUAAAAUGCCGGAGAAUAGUGCAACAUUAAAUUAAAUUAAUAUUUAUUUUAUCACUGGACCAGCUACUAACAUGUAGGUGAGAUUGAGCAAUAAGCAAUAUGCACACAUUAAGUUUCACCUUCUAAACUGGGCCUUGUCCAUUAAAUUGCUGGUAAUUUAACCUAACAUUGAAGUUACCUGAAAAAUUAAAAAUACAUUGAAUUACAAACGUGCUGAUUUACGCACAUAUAUAAAGCCAGAAAUAUAUACCCAGAUUUAUGCACAAGCAUUCAGACAUAUACUAUGAAAAAUAUAAAGAUAUAGACAUACAUAGUCCCAGACUGCCCUACUUCCUCUCUUCUAACAUACCAUCCCAUGUAGCUGGCAAUACUCUCAACCUCAUUCUCUCUUAUGCAUGUACAGUGUCUAAUAUCUGCAACACUCCAUUUCCUCUCUCUGAUCACCACCUCUUAUCAUUUGCUUUCGAAUACCCCCUCACCCAACAACCUCAGACUAACCGUCCUCAACUCAGGAUGAACCUAAUUCUAUUGACCUCCAGCAGUUGUCAGCUGAUAUUGGUUCACAACUGCUAUCCAUCCCUUCCCUCUCCUGUCCCUCACUGGCCAUCUCCACAUAUAACACUACCCUCACCGCUGCCUUGAACACUGCAGCCCCACUCCAAGCAAGCACAUCGAGGAGGACACGCCCCCAACCAAGGCUUACUACCUGCAAAGAUGCUUCCAUUGUGCUCAGCUGUGUAUUUCGGAUUUGUGCUGACCUAGGCAGGACGGUGCUCAGGCACCCUCUCCCUUCCUCCCCAUAUUUAAAAUUUCCUGUCAAGGCUGCACUUUGACUGACAGACACUUUCUUACUGAUACAUUCACUGACAUACGCUCACUAAAAGAUACAGUCAUUGGCAUACAUACUGUUUAACCAACACACAUUUUCACUGACAGACAGACACACACACACUCACUGACAUACACACUCACUGAUUUGACAGUGCGCUGCUUAGUGAUGCCGAGAGCCGCCAUAUUCUGUCUCCCGGCUUCAUUAGGAGAGGGAGCUGAGCAGGAAGAGUUUAGGUGAGCAUGCUCCCUCGCUGCCUGCCGCGAUAGAAGCUGCCGCCCACCUCGGGGGGGCGGGGGGGGGAUCAAAAGUGGCCAGCUCUUGAGCCCCCCAGAACACGAGACAAACAAGGGAUCUGCCUGGGUGUUGGGGGUGGCUUUUUUGCCGCCCCCUGCAAAGUGCCGCCCAAGGCAAAUGCCUUGUUUGCCUCGUGUAAGAUACAUAGAUAAUUGUGCUGAACGCUCCUGGAGGAAGUCUUGGACCAGUCAGACUUUCAAUAUUAUAGAUUCAUAUUAUAUUCAUACAGCACAGCCCUUGCCCUUUCCAAACAGUCGUACUUUUCCUCUCUAAUUAGUUCAUGCUCCCGCAAUCCCAGGCGUCUCUUUGACACCUUUUUUUUUCUAAAAAUUCUUUAUUUUUCUUUGUGCAAGGAAUGACGAAACUUUUUCAAUGCCACAGCGUCAUAAUUGAAAGAUAUAAACACAGUAGUUGUACAUUCAUGGCAUGAGAGUAUCAGCACAUUUUUAAAUGUUAUAUUAUGUUAUAAACAGGCUAUUCUGGUAGCGAUGCCUAUCUAGGUAGACCGUUAUAUGAGAAACAUUGGACUAUGUAGUAGUUUAGGCUCGCUUUUAGUAGUUAAAUUGUGAGGUCGUAGUAGAGAUUACAACGUAAGGUAACAGUAGCAUACAUGCUAACAAACUAGGCUCAGGCUAAAACAAAGGAUAGUCAUCCUAACCUGGUGAUACACAACUAUGCAAUGCUUGUUCCAAGAGUGAGUAAGUCCAUCGGCUAGGAGUUUAAGCUUAGACAAACAUGUUAGAUAUGUUGUGCGAGUGAACUAGUUAGUUGGGUGUGUUGAGUCCUACAUUUAAGAUAAGCUAUGUAAGGCUAUGUAGGAUUAACAAGCUGAGCUAUAACCAGGCUAAAGGACAUGAAAAAUAAGGGUGAUACCGCUGGGUGGUGACGGGUUGAUAGGCAUAAAUAGCCCUUGUCCUUGUGGCUGACAAGUUAUGAAUUGCUCUUUAUUCAGCCCAUGCCAGUCAGGCAAAGUCCCGGUAACCAUAUAGAGCAUUCAGGAAGGGGCUUCUGCCCCGGUCUCUACCAGCCACAUGUCGGAGCUCCAUGUCUCUUUGUCACUCAGCGUGGGUAUGGGAGAGGGCUCUUUGUGGUUUUCGUGCCUGGCUUUGGUGGAGGCUUGAGUGAGGCUGGCUUCAACCUGUGCAGGAGUUUAGUGAUGGCCCGGUUUAGGCGUCGCGCGGGAUUGGGUCUCGUUGAGGUGUCACGCUGUUUUCGGCGCCAUUUUCUGGUGUGCCGUUGUCGGCUUGUCUUGCCUCUGAUCUGUGUACGAGAGGGCAGUGCCUGUCUUUUGUCCAGCGUUCGCCAGAAAACUUCAAAUAAGGCAUCCAGCUUCUCUAGAAUGUCAGCAUGUUGCUUCAUGGAGAGUGGCUCUUGGCCGUCGCCGCCAUUUUGAGGCUGGGUUGACUCAGCAUAGCUUGUUGCCCCCACACCCGAUGGGGCCCUCCUGGGACUGGGAUAACCCCUGCUGGUCCAAAGAGGGGGUGGACCUGGGCUCAGAUUAAAACAAUUGGCCGUUGAUGGCGACGGGGGAGCGUUUGCCUCACCCGCGCCGGCCAUGCUGAUAGGCCUUGAUUCGCUGUGCCAGGACUUCUGCCGUUGGUGCCACAUGCUUGGUGUCGGCGUGUAGCCCUUGCCAUCAGCUCCUGGUUGGUGGUCUAUUUCGUUAGUUUGGAGUUCGUGUAAAGCUUUUAAACCAGGAAAGUUUGCCUCAGGAAGCCGGAGCAGCUCUAUCCUGCGUCCGCUCAGCUCUGCGGUCAGGCCCCGCGCCACUCUUUGACACCUUUAACUCUCUUCUUCGCCCUGCUUUGGCCACCCCUCAAACUAACCUUACAGCCGAUAGCUUUGCAUGCUACUUUACUGACAAGAUUGAACAGCUAAAUAAAGAAUUCUCCCCACCCUGCCUUUUUCUUUCUCAACCACACGUAGAUCAUGCCUUUCCGACCCUUCAGACAUGCUCUCCGGCUACUGAACAAGAGGUGGUUGUGCUUCUCCUUUCCUCUUGCCCCACCACUUGCCCGCUUGAUCCUGUCCCAUCUCACCUUAUCAGAUCUCUCUCCCCUUGUCUUGUUCCUUCCUUAACACACAUCUUCAACUGCUCUCUCUCUUCUGGCAUUGUCCCUGCUUACCUUAAACAUGCCACUGUAGUACCUAUCCUGAAAAAUCAUCUCUUCUGUCCCUGUCCUCUCUAACUAUCAUCCUAUAUCCCUGCUCCCUUUUUCCUCAGAGCUUCUGGAAAGACUUGUCUUUAUACAUAUGUCUCACUUCCUCAAUUCCAACUCUCUUCACAGAUCCAUAGAUAUGCUCCUUCUCGGUCUCUCUGCUCUGACUGUGACCUUCUCCUGUCCGCUGCUCGCACCCAUACGGCCAACUCGCACUUGCAGGACUUCUCGCGGGUGGCUACUUUCCUUUAGAAUAGCCUGCCUACCACCAUCAGGUUUACCCCUAGUCUUCAAUAGUUUAAGAAGUGCCUUAAAACCCAUCUUCUAAGGAAAGCUUAUGGCCUCCCACAGUAACCUCUACCUCACACACCUGUCUUAAGGGCAGCACUCUACUCUCAAAUCCAGCUCUGCUUUAUUCCCACCUUAUUUGAUUGCUAUUUCCUGUCCUUAUGUGUUUUACACCCCACCUCCUAUAGUCUGUAAGCUUGUUUGAGCAGGUUCCUCUUAGACCUAUUUAUCCUGUAAGUUUUCUUGUAAUUGUCCUAUUUAUAGUUAAAUCCCCUCUCUUAUAAUAUUGUAAAGCGCUACGGAAUCUGUUGGUGCUCUAUAAAUGGCAAUAAUAAUACAGUUUCCAUGAUGCCUUGACAAAGCCAUGCAAAGCAUUAUGGGAGUAGUUCAACAACAUCUGGGAAGCUCUGCGGCAACAAAAUCAGCACCAGCUAAACUGCUUAUUCUGAAAUCUGCUCACAAUCCAGUUUGCACCUAUAAUAAACUCUAGUGUGGCCAAAUUUAGAGGUCCUCUGAGUAACACAAUAUUAUAUUUGUUCACUAGUUCACUAAGUUGUAUUGGGGUUUAACACCCCCCUUGUUGGUUGCCUCUUUCUUUGUAAAGAUACAAUCAACACGUCUAGAAUUUCAAGAAUUAAACAGAUGUCAUAAAGAGGUAGCUACGUAACACCCAUGCUGAUAGAUCUGGGGUGGAGCGAGGGGGGAUGCAGUAAUUUAGUUACUGUUAGAAUAUAUUGAUGUCAUUAGGAUGCAGUUUUCAUAUAAGUAAACACACAGUUUGCUAGUGAAAACUGCUUGAGAAAAGACACUUUGGGAACUGGAAGAUAUCACUUAAUUGACAGUGAUACUCGAGGAUCAGAAUGGGUUUUUAAAGAUUUAAAUUGAUGGACUUGAGUCUUACUAGAUUACUACGUAACUAUGUAAGAAUAUCCAAUGGUCUCCACCAUAAUCAUAAAAAAUAGCCCUCUCCAAAACUGCAGUUUUGUAAUUGUGUUACGAAGAAAAGAAUUUAAAUCAUAGAAAGUGUCUAUGGCAAAUGUGCAUUAAUUUAUCUGUAGUUCCCGUUCAUCGCCAACAAUACAUUGUCAAAACUGGUCACAAAAAUAGCCGCAUUUAUAUAUUACAUAACAAUUUCAGCUCUAUAUAACGCAACUCACCAUUACAUGAAUGAUGAAGCCAUUAUUUCUAAUUAACAUCUAUUUAAAGCGAUUCGGAAAUGCCAAUAUAAGGCAAAGCAUUGUCCCCUCACAAUAAUCCUUCUGGAAUAUCCAUCUAAUUUAUCAUUGCAGAUGUAAAUUUUCAUUAGAAGACUUGACAAGAUAGUGUUUCUUGCUUUUGAUCGGUUAGAUGAGCCAUGUAAAGGAAAUAAAUUAAUAUAAUUUAAAUACAAAAUGAAUACUUUCAGAACAGAGAUGUUUAAAUCUGCCAUCGUACUGCAUUGUUUUUAACCUGGGCAUUCUACACUCUUUUUGGCAAAUAAAAUAACCAGAUUUUUUUCAUUGAAAUCCUGGUGUAAAAGGUACCCUAGACAUUAUUAAUCCCUUAGGACAGACAAUUUACGGGUCACAUUGCAGCCCUUAAUAUUAUUAAUAUUAUCAUUAUCAGUAUUUAAAGAGCACCAACAUUUUCUGCAGCGGUGUACAAUUAUAGAAUGGGGAAAUUCGACAAUAAAUCAUUGAAAUACAGAAUAAUAUUGACAAUGAUUAGAGAUUAAGAAUGGUGUAAAGCAAUUCACUGAUGCCAUGAGUCAGAAGUCAGGAACCUGAUCUCUUGUGAGCAUGUACACCAACAAGACAAUUCACUAAAGUGAAUUGUUAGGAAUUCCGAGCAAAUGUCAAAUUGUAUGCCGAAGUAGACCAUAUGAAAUUAUUGUUGAGUUGGAGAUUUGUCUGCUACCAAUUUCUUUAUUUUGAAAAAAAAUAAACAGUGACAUUUAAUGACUUCCCAAUAAUUCACACUCUAGUGAAUAUCUUUGACAGAGUCUGAUGUGCUCUGCUUAAAAAUGUCCUGCAAGGUAAAUGAGUUAGAGUUAGGAUUACAGUCGGUGAAAAAUUUAGGAGAUUAUUGAAAAUGCUGAGAAGCCCAUAUCCAAUCUCUACAGAUAACCCAAUUAAAUACGACAGUUGCAAUGGGACUCAGAUCCUGCGUCAGCCAUGCAAUUGUUGUGGCACAAUGCCAAAGCCAUCAAAUGCCUAUUACUGUGGGACAGUAUCAAGACCUCUGGUGUACAGAGGUAUUUAGACAUGGAGUCCACCAAUACCUUAUCUGAAGUUGUCCUAAUCAUCCAUCAUCUGGUAAUAGACUGUCACAGGGAUUGAAUGCUACAGCAUAUAGGACAGGGUUGGAGGCAUCUUCUAGGCCAUGCACACGCUGUCAUUACCUUAUAUUUGGCUGUAGUUGUUAUGGUACCAGGAGUUCCCUUGAUCAAUCCCAGUGUAAUUUGUAUAAAUAUUUUAGAAUGGUUUAAUAACUUACCUAGGUCUCCAUGGCACCUGCCUCUAAUUAAUUAAUCUUGUACCUAAUUAACCAAAUGCAUGCAACUAUGGCAAGAACAUGAAACAAUUCGGUGGACUUGCACUCAUUAAAGCACUAAAGGUCAUGCAGGACAAAGAAACUUUACAGAGUUUAUUCAAGUGGCAAAUUACUGAAAUAGGUGAUUAAAGGUGGCCUUCUAUGACCCCAUUGGCUGUACCACCUGGUAUAGGCCAGGGAAGAGAGUUUCUGGCUCUCACAGAGCUGUAGUGGAGACAGGAAGCAGCACAGAGCGCACCCCAGAUAACAAUCAAGCCAGCCUAAAAUGGUUUAACUCCUUACAAUGUAGAGGGUGGAGCCAGGGACAGAGCAUGCUGUAGUUGUUAUAGUACUUGCAGUGUUCUUUUAACUAUUCCCUGAAAUAUCAUUUCAGUUAAAUGCUAUUAGCAGAGGUAUACCUAGAUGUAUGUAGGUGGAAUUGUAUGUUUGCCACACAAGAUCACAGUAGAAGAACUUCAUGUUCCUAUGCCCAGUGUGAUAAAGAAAUGUGAGCAGUAUGCAGAGAGCGGCUAGAGAGAGAUAGUGUUAUAGUGGUCACUCAUAUCCCGUAUUUACAAUAAUCCUUAUGGUAUUUUGGGAGUGCACAUUUCCAUGAAUGAAUGCAGUUGCCUGGCUAAACCCAGGCAUUGAAAAUGAGUUAUUUAACACUUGCCCUGUACCCUUUCUCACUGUUAGAAUGCAAAAGGUCUUGAAGUCUUGAAUGCUCCAGUUUACGGUGUCUAUUACAGUCUGUCUGCAAGAUGCAGGAAGGCUGGUUGGAGCCUUGGUGGAGAAAGUUGUUUCCAUGCUGGGCAAAUUCCACACAAAAAAUGUGUGUUUUAGUUGUUUUUCUUUUUAUUUAGCACUGCAGAGCAAUGCAAAAAAAAAAACAACCAAAUCCUGGAAACCCAGAGGGGAUAAGACAAGGGAUACAAUGUUUACACUUCCAAUUGAAGGAAUGGCUUCUAAAAUUCUUUGACACAAUAUUCUGCUGAAGUUUGUGAUUGAUCACUUUAUAGGUUCUUCUCUAUCAUGUUCGCUAGAUGGUUUAAAAAAAUGAUGUCCAUAUAUAAUAUAGAAUGCACACUAUAACAACUACAAUCGUUAAGUACAACAAGAAUUUAAUCAGUAGAAAAAUCACAAUACCAAACAGGAAACAAUAAUAGACAAAGUAACAAAAAUAGAGGCAAACAGUAAUGUAAAAGUACUAUACCAAAAAUCUUUCAAGCUCCAAGGCAGAAACACAAGUCACCAACUCCCCCAGGGAAAGAUUUUUGGUAUAGUACUUUUGCAUUACUGUUUGCCUCUAUUUCUGUUACUUCGUGUAUUAUUGUUUUCUGUUUUUGUGAUUUUUCUACUGAUUAAAUUCUUGUUGUACUUAACGAUUGUAGUUGUUAUAGUGUGCAUUCUAUAUUAUAUAUGGAUUUUGAUAUUGAAACACUUGAGGGAGUGUUUAUAUGGUUUGCACCUGGUUUAUGUAAAUAUAAUUUUGUCUCUCCAUGGGAUUUUGGUUUAUUAAAAAAAUGAUGUAACCUUUGCUAAUGCUUGAUUUUAUUAAAAUUUACAUAUUUACCAGUAUUCAUUUCAGUCAAGCAACUUUGCUAAGAUAUUGAGAAAUAUAUAUAAUAUAUUGGAAGUAAAUCAGAACAUACAUUAAACAACAUGUUUAACCCCUUAAGGACACAUGACAUGUGUGAUAUGUCAUGAUUCCCCUUUAUUCCAGAAGUUUGGUCCUUAAGGGGUUAAAGGAACACUCCAAGCACCAUAACUACUACAGCCCACCAGAAGUGCCCUGUUGCCAGCCCAUAGUAAAAUGUUAAACCGUUUUAGCACAGCAUGACAGCUUAUCUGGUCAGACUGCAUGCACCACAUCCGCUCGUUUCCAGCAAGAGAACUUGAACAGGGCAGGACCAUGCGGGUUCCUGCUUAUUGACCCAGUGUGUUAGUUGUGCGCUCUCAGACAAUAAGUGUCAUCUAGCAUCAGCCAUUUCAUUUACUUCCUUUCCGAAAUAUCAUGCUUCUCUGGCUAGAGAAGACCAGAUGCAGAGCAGAUGACCACCAUGACCCGCAUACGUUGUCAAACCGGGCACUCCUCGGAUCAUAGCCACUACUUAAACAUGACAAUGGUUGCCAUCAAUGUUCAGUGGAACAGAAUGAUUUCUGUAUGAUGCGGAUAUAUAAAAGUGUGUAUGUCCUGUGUUAAUGUGUUUUAAAUGUGUUGUUUGUUCUAUGCUUUUUAGGAUUCUGGCUAACAGGGUAUCUUGCAUGGAGAAAGGGAGCAGCGCAAGUCAUGUGAUGUCACCAAACUACACCAGCUGGUCCACACUUACUGUACAUCUACCUGCCACUGCCUCAGCUAUAAAUCUUUCUUCUGUUUGUACCCACCAUCCCGCAAGCAAAGUCAUCCAUUCAGAACUCAAAGGAUACUGAGCAUUCCUCUUCAUUUCUACUUCCCUUCCUCACCUCUACACUUAUUUACAAAAAAAAAUAUGUGGACCAAUCUAGUGCUUAUCGCUGCAGUGUUAUUGAAUUGGGAAAUGUCUGACUGGAACAUAUUGUGGACUUCAGAUUUUUUGGAUUGUUACUUUUUAAGAGACUUGUAUGGUUGUGCUGCUACAGUGAGAAUUGUAAUUUGCAUUAGGGGGUGUGGGACUAUUGGAAGGGGUAAAGGUUUUGGAUUGGAGUAGCAACACUUCAAAGUCAUCUCUCUAUUACCCACAAUGCACUUUUAAUUGAAGCAUUUGUAUAAAAAAAAAAACACAAAAGUUUUAUUGGCUAAUAUUGUACUUUUUAUUUUAUUUUUUAUUUUAAUAUAACAAAGGCCACCUUUAUGUCUAAUGCCAUAGAUUCAGUGUUAGGCUUUCUGGAGUGUAAUCCUUUAAACUGAAGCUCAGUAGAAGGCAGCAUAAAUAGUUUAUAUUGUGGUUUCUUGUACAGGCUAGAUGGCAAAAGAGAUUUGCAAAUGUAUAUUCUACUCAACUUUCUUUCUUUUUUUUUUUUUAAAGCUCCCCUAGAUUGUACCCCAUUUAAGAACAGAGCAAAAGUGUUGAAGUAAAGACCAAAACUCCCUUAAGGUGUAAAAUAAUCUGGAAAGGGAAGGAGGAGAUAUUUGCUGAACGUCAUAAGAGAUAUGGAUGAAAUUACACCCGUGCUAGUUUUCCAGUUCUCCAGGAAGCCAGCGAGACAAUCUCUCCACAUAUACACAACCCUUUCAUGAUAAUUGGAAUGGUAUGGGCAUACUAAUGAUGGAAUGAGGGUUUCAUCAAACCCUCUCCACCCCCCUUACAACACCUCCCUCUCCCCUUCCCGCUGUUCUGUUCCAGUGUUUGCUUACUCCUGUCUUGUUUAAGAGAAAUGUGCAAUUCAAUCCUCGGUCUCUGGUCAGAGGAUAUAACAGGGUAAAAAUCACAGAAAAGUGUAUGCACUUGUACAGAUGUAGCCAAGAGUCCAAAAUGAUACUAGAUUAGAGCAUGUAUGCUCGCACUGAUCGUGAAAAUAAGUGGAGCUGAUUUAAUGUUUGCCCCCUGCCCUCUUUUUAUUUUAUAAACUAGAGGUUUUUUUUGAAGGAUCUCAUUAAAAAUCACAUUGUGAUUCAGUGUAUAUGUUUACUAACGGAAAUAAGCGUUUUCUCAUUCACCUUUUCUGCACAGUGCCUGCUAUCUGAGGUAGACAUGCAAUAUGUGUAUAUAAAUAUAAAUAUAUACACAUUUUUUUAAAGAAACACUCCAGACACUAUAACCACUACAUAACACUGUAGUGGUUAUGGUGCCAGGAGUACCAGGAGUGACUUGGCAACCCCUUUAUGCAAGUUACCUAGAGUCCGCUGGGCACUAGUCACCUACUUCAUGAAAGCCAGAAGUUUUGGCUGAGAAAUAUCAUGCCAUCGAAGAGCUUUUGGAUCUCAAUGGAGCAAGUGAUGCAUGUCCCGUGAACCCCAGGUAAUUUGUCAAACCAUUAGAAAACUGUGCACUUCAGUGGUUAUGGUGCUUGGAGUGUUCUCUAAACCAUUUCAGUGCCAGAAUCAUUACCAACGGAUUGCAAGGCAGUACGUGGUACAUUAUUCUAGCAUGGGAAGUGAUUUGUUCAAGGCAUUAUGUGCGCCAUUUUUUUUUUAGUGUAUGUGUACUGUUAGUACUAUGUAUAUACUGUAUUUCUAUGGCUUCCUUUGUAAAAAAAAAAAAAAUAAUAUUCACUAAACAGUUUAAGCUACUGUUGAAAAAAAAUACUCUUUAUUUAUUAACAUGGAUUCGAGUAUGAUUUCAUGGAUUGUUAUAUAAAAUGAUCUUUCAUGUUUCACUUUUCCAAAGUUGUAACUUUGAUCUUCUUGGGAACAGCAGAUAUAGUCAAAUGUUUCCACCAAUUAAAAGCCAACAUGUCAUUCUUUAGAAAGUGUGAAGGAAAGCUUUGUAUUGUUUUCUGACAUUCCCUUUUUAAAGGAUGCAACGUGUGGGAAGAACACAGCUUCAAACCGCUAAAAUGUUGCUAUUGGUAUGUUGUUGGUUUGGUUUUAAAGGAUAAUUGUCUCGAUGAACUGUUAUUCAGAACAUCUCUUUUUAUCUUAUAAAUUUCAGUGCAAACUUUCAAAA